CACAGCAUCACACUCUCAGUCAGUUUAGUUGAGAAGACUUGCUUGUAGGAUUUUUAUUCUAUGCUUUCUCCUACACCGGUGUUUGAGAUACAAAAGGUUGCGAGGAGCUGAAUUGUAAACACAAUGCAGGAGUGAAAUUGUGAAUGACGAUAUGCAAGAGAUUUCUGUUCUAGUCAGUUUCUGAGAGAUUCUAACUCGGGGACCAUGGCUUCUUGGCGUCCCAAGGGGUCUUCUCCGGUGACUCCCCGGAAAAGGGAAUCCCCCGGUGCCAAGGUGUAUCCCUGGAGCAAGCGUCGGAUGGACAGUGUCGACGAAUCAGAUGUCCAGUCGCCGUCCACUGCCGAUAUAGUCGCUGCUCAGUCGCAGGAUUACGUUGAUGAGAAGGAGCUGGAAUUUCGUAUGACAAUUCAGCAGCUCGCUGAGGAACAAGAAAGAGUACAGAAAAAAGUGUUUACAAAUUGGACAAAUCACUACUUAGCUCAGCAUGACCCUCCAUUGCGAGUUGAAGAUUUGAUUGAGGACCUGAGGGAUGGCUCCAAACUUAUUGCACUUAUCGAGCAUCUGUCGGGUGAACGAAUUCAUGGAGAGAGGGGAAGAAGGUUAAGACGACCUCACUUUUUAAGUAAUGUGAAUCAGGUCUUACAGUUUUUGGAAAGAAAACGGAUAAAACUUGUCAAUAUCAAUGCUACUGAUAUUGUGGACGGCAAACCAACAAUCACUCUUGGAUUAAUAUGGACAAUUAUUUUACAUUUCCAAAUCGAAGAAAAGACAAAGCUGCUCACGGAGCAAAUGGCGUACAUGCAGACGUGCGCCAGCAGUACGAGCAGCCUGGACAGCAUCGGUCAGACACACAGUCCAGUGCCUUAUGUGGAUUCCCCUCAGAGAUUGACUAGUGCUGCACCUGCGGCGGCUAUCAGACCAACCGCCAUAGAGAGAUGGAAAGGCGGUGCAAGGAAAGCUCUUUUACAUUGGGUAAAGAACAGCAUCAGCCAGCGUUUCGGUGUCACUGUGAACGAUUUCGGCAGCAGCUGGCGCGAUGGCUGGGCUUUCCUCGCUAUCAUUCAUCGCAUUCGACCUGGCUUGGUGAGCAUGGAAAAGUAUAAAAACGCAACAAAUAAGGAGAGGUUAGAAGCUGCUUUUAGAAUUGCUGAAACAGAACUGGGCAUUGCUCGACUUUUGGAUCCUGAAGAUGUUGAUGUACCUCAUCCAGAUGAGAAAUCCAUCAUGACUUACGUAGCCCAGUUUUUGCAUCUCUAUCCAGAAACUUACGCAUCAGCUGAUAUAGAUGAAGCAGAUCUGCCUAUCGCACCUACUAGUGACUUAGAGAUUUUAUCACUUUGGCUCGACAAAGCCGAAUCAGUGUUAGCUACUAGAAGAAAUUCUUCAAUUGACUAUAGGACACAGUAUUACGAUUUUUACGCCCUGAAAACCGAGAUGAAAAAUUAUCGAGACCUCUACGAACGCCUCCGAUCGAUAAUCAACUCCAAUGUUCAAGACGUUGAUUUACGAGCUGCAUGGCCCAACUUAGUACAGAGGUGGGCCAAAGUUGCUAAAGAAUUGCAGGACUGGCAAUAUUACUUGGACAACUGCUUAUCUGGACAACUAGGUCAACUGAGCAAGUGGAUCAUCGAGGCGGAGAGACGACUCGCACUCCCUAUUUUGCCAAAUGUUCAGACCACGAAUAUGCUUCCGAUAAUUCAGCGCGAAUUAGAUGAGCACCAGACAUUCUUUAAACCGCUGGAAUCUCACAUGAAAUUCUUCCAAGGAUACAAACAAUUGCCAGAUUCUUCUGACAUAUUGCCACAACAUAUCGAAGACCUUCGAAAUAGAUUGGACAGUAUUGCUGUACGAUCUCAUCAACGUCAAGUAAAACUUGUACUCGAACAGUCUCGGUACACGCUAUUGAACCUGUUAUCAAAUGUUGAAGAGCAGCUAAAGAAAUGGAACACUAAAUACGGUUAUGAAGAAGAAGUAUCUUCCAUUUUACAGCAAUAUAAAAAUUUUGUUGAGCAACAGAAGAUUUUUCAAGAAUAUGACAAAUGUUAUGCAAAUACUAGGGCCAAUAUUGAAACAUGCCAACAUGUGGGAGCUUUAGAUGCUAAAGAUAUGGACAAAGUGGAAAAAUUCUUAUCUGAUGUUGAUGGUCUUUGGAAGAAGAUGAUGGUCGAACUUCAUUCUGUCGGAAAUACUGCCAAUCAAGUUUUGAAAAACUGGCACGUUUACUCUGCAAAUACUCCAAGUCUUCUAUCUUGGUUGGACAAAGCUGAAGUAGCCAUUACUAAAGACACAGAAACACAGUUGGAAUUUUUCAGCGAUCUCACUCAGUGGGUUGAAAAAAAGAACCAAGCCGUAGAAUCGGGAGAGUAUUUGGCUGCUAUUUGCCGAGAUGAAAUAUCAAAUGAAAUAAAGCAAAAGAUUGCUAAUAUCAAACGAAGAUGGGAUAAAUUGCAUCCUCACCUUCAAGAGUUCCUUGUUUCUGGAGAAAUUUUACGUACAAGACAUGCAUUCCAGAAAAAUUUGAAAUUAUUGCAGUCGUGGCUACAAAAUGCCGAAAUGAUUUUAUCAUCCACAGUGCCUUGCAGACCUGCAGAUUUAGAAAAUUUUACAGAGCAAUUAAAGAAUUUGCAAGCAGAAUGGGAUGAAUAUGAUACUCUGUUUAAAAAAUUGUCCAAGCAAAUGCAUAGUGUAGUGACACAUUUAAAUGCACCAGAAGUUGAAAAAGUGAUGUCUACAAUGAAAAAGGAAAAGGAGAAGAUGCUUAAUGUGAAAACCCAUUUAAUGUCGUAUAUUCCACUUUUGUACCAAAUAGUGCCUCUACAAACUACAUUUGAUAAAGGAAAUGCUGAUAUAGCUAAGUGGUUAGAAGAAGCAGAGAAGUUGAUUUCAUCAUAUGGAAUACCUAGUAGUGCACAAGCAAUAGCAGUACUGCAAGAUAAACAUAAAGCAUUCUUUUCUUCAUCACCUGCUUAUAAGGCACAGCUGGAAAAUCAGAAAGGUCUUUACAAAAAUAUCAUUGAACAUGCUUCUAGUGUUCCCAAUAUCGAUACUCAAGAAGUCAGAAUUAAAAUGUCCAACUUAAAUGCACGGCUUGAGGGCUGCUUAUCUUUGGCUAAUCAGUGGGAAAAUGCGAUGGCCGAAGCAGCUGAUCGAUGGAGCCAGUAUAAUAAGAGCUUAAAAAUUGUGAAGGAGAAAAUUCAAGCUGCUGAAUCUCUUCUGGAAAAGAAACCCGCAGAUGAGAAACAGCUUCAAACUCACAAGGAAUUUUUCAGUCAGUUAAAUGAUUCCAUAAUCAGAGAGCUUUUAACCUCAAGUGAUGCUGUUUUGGCUACUUUACCUGCUGCAGAGCAAACUCCAGUUCGGGACACUGUUUCAAGUCUGCAGGAACGAUGGAGGUCGAUAAUGGAAAGAAUUCCAUUCCAUUUACGGUUGCAAGAAUUCAGAUUAAAAGAACAGGAAUUUAAUCACCAAGUGCAUGAAAUUAAGAGACAGCUGAAUAUAGAACAACAACUCAUUGAUGGUGGUGAAAGUAGUGAAUCCGUAUUGAAAAAACAUCAGGAAUUUUUCACUGUCACUCGUAUUGUCCAUGUUAAAGAUUGCUUGGAAUUUCUGAAAACUUUGUCAGAAGAAUAUAAAUUUUCGUCUCCAAAAGAUGUUAAUUUAAGGGAUUCAUAUAAGAAACAUCAAUCAGAGUGGUCAGAAACUGAAAAAGAAAUCGAAGGCAUUCUUUCUCAGCUGCAGAAGUUAAAGGCAGACUGGGCAGAAUAUUGUGAAAGAUUCAACGAUUUAUUGAAAUGGAUGGACGAAGUUGAUAAGCAUAUACAGGAUAUUACUCGAGAUAUAUCUUCUUCGGGUGAAUUUGAAACUGUGAAAACCAAGUUUUUGUCCGUUUGCAAGACAGUGGACAGUCGACGUGAAGACGUCAAAUGGCUUGUUCGAAAAUUGGACAGCCUGCUUUCACAUAUACCAAAAGAAGAAGGGGCCGAAGAACAAAAGAAAUUGGAUGCUUUAGUGCAACGUUAUAAGACUCUCCUACCUGAAAUCGAUACAACAAUUGUGAUAACUGAAACCAUAACGAAAUGUUUCAUUUACAGAGAAGAAAUAGUCGAAAUUAACAGAUGGCUGAAAGAAGUGAAAGCUCUAACAGAACAAAUUGAAGAAACUACUUAUGAUGAUCCUGAAACAUUGUCUCAACUUGUACAACAGCAAGAGGCAAUAGUUCAGCAGCUUGAAACUCAUUUAGGAGAUGUAAAAUCCAGUGUCCAGAAAGGCAAAGAAUUGGGGAAACUUCAAAGAUCGCCCAAAUUUGUUGAAAAAGAUGUUACAGAACUUGAACGAACUUGGGAAGAAGUGUAUCAAAAAGCUACUCAGAAAUUAGUCAAUCUGAAAAGUGCAAACAACCUAUGGAAUGAUUAUGAUAAACAAAAAGAUGAAAUAUUUCGUCUUUUGAAACAAGCUGAUGAAGAACUGAAAAAGCUACGUGAAUCUGCUCAAUUACAGCAGCCUCCUAAGCAGUAUAAAGAAUUGCAUCAAACCACUGAAACACACUUGGAGAAACUCAAAUGCGCAAGCAAUGAUUUAGCGCCCAAACUGAGUGAAGCACAAAGACCUUUGCUUCAGAAAGAAGUUGUCGAAAUUGAAAAUAAAGUUCUGAUGGUAUUAUCGACUUUGAAGGAAAAUGUUGAAUACUUGGAACGCUCUACAGAAAAGUGGACAAAAUUCAACUUCAAAUUGGAAGGCUUUAUUUCAAAUGUUGACGGCAUGAUUGAUCGAUUGAAGGAUAUAUUAUCUGAAUCAUCUCCUCCUGAAGUUAGAUUAAAGAAAUUAGAUGAACUCCACAGUGAGAUCCGAGAGCAAAAGCAAGUGUUAGUGAACCUGGAGACGGAAAGCCAGGAAUUGGCCAGGGAUCAACCAGACAGCGCCAAUGUGAAACAAAUCAUUGGCCAGUUGACGAAUUUGAAGGGCCGUCUUCAUACCUUAGAAGAGACAGUGAUCACUCAGAGGAAUAUCAUCGCCAAGAACCUUGAUGAAAUCAAAAAUGUGAAGGAUCUUCUAAAAUCAGAAAGGGAUGAGCUGAAAGCUGCGGAGUUGAGGGUGGAAGCUGGCCUACCAGCACUUUCGUCAUUAAAAGACGCGCAUGACAAGAAACAAGAUACAGAAAAAUUCUGUGAUCAUUGCCAUCAGAAAAUAAACUAUUUGGCUGAUGCUGGCACUCAAACGAGCAAAGAAAUACAGGACGCUUCCAUCCAAUGCGAGUUCAUUCAGUUGCAAGAUCAAUGGAGAGAAAUAGCUCAGACUAUUCAAGAAUGGAUUGAACAGCUCCAGAGAGUCAUUGCCCUGUGGGAAGGCAUUACUAUUAAACAGGAAGAAGUGAUAAAAUGGCUUGAAGAUACCGAGGGAAGUGUUGAAAGGAUUGCAUCCACUCAAACUGUGAAUAUCCAGAAAUUAGAAGAAUUAAAAUCAAAAUUAAGAGCAUUAGGUUCUGAAAUCGAUGAAAAGAGAAAUUAUCUUCGAACCAUCACUAAAGACAUUGAAGACCUCUCUGGACAUUUAUCACCAAAAGCAGUCAUGGCUCUUCACGUUCAGACUUCAGAUAUACAAAAGCGCAUCGACGAGCUGGGAGACAAGAUCCGAAGACAGAUGAUUCAUUUAGGUUCUUCUAUUGCCGAGCAAGAACAGCUGCUGAAGACAAUUGACACUUUUACCAUUUGGGAAGAGGAUGUGAAAAUCCAGCUGCAUAAAUUCGAUGAUAUAUUCGUGGAUCAAAUCGAAGCUGUACUGAAGAAUAUUGAUUUGUUGAAAAUUGAAAAUGAGAGCCGACAAACUGAUUUUAAUGGAAUAUAUGAAGAGAUGAAGAAAUUAAGUGAUUCCCACGAUUCUUCUGAUAUUGAGGAAAUAACUAGCAUGUAUUCUAAGCUCUCCGAACUCUACCAAGCCACCGAAGAGUCACUAUCCAAAAAACAGAAGUUCCUGCAGAAGCGGCUGGACUUUGAAGCGUGGUACAAGGACAUGUGUGAGAAUAUUGAACUCCUGAAGAACAAAGUUGAGGGUAAAAAGUGCACACCUGAAGAGAUUCAGAGUGCAACAUCUGAAUUAUCGCGAUUGCAAAAAGAGUAUGAGAAGAAAGUGAAUGAAGUUUCAAGCCUGGAUGAAAUGGCACAAAAGAUCAAUCAAAUUGUAAGAGACAGAAGCACGACUUUGCCAACAACAGUUGCAGAUCGUCUCUCUCAUAUACAAAAUUUGUUGAAAACUGUGGGUGAUUUGCUGGCUCGUGAACAAGAAGGCCUUAGCAAGCUUAAUAAGAAAUGGGACGAGUUCAAUAAUAAAUAUAAGGCUUUGUGUGAGUGGUUAUCAAAUGUAAGUAACAAGAUUCAUGAUUUGCAACUUCAGCCUUCCACGAUGGCAGAUGUAGAGCAACAAUUGAAUGUACUUAAAGGAUUGCAUAAAGAAAUGGAAGACCAAACUACUGCAUAUUCUAUUGUACAUCAACUUGGCCGCUCUUUAAUCGAAGAGGAUUCAUCAUCCUUUACAACCAUUCAAGGAUACUUAACGGCGACUGAUAAACAGUGGGAACAGUUAUCGACUGACCUUGCCCAAAAAGAGAAAUCUGUGGGUCAUCUUUUACAACUUUGGAAGGAAUGUAACAACCUGCAAGGAAAAUUGUUGAAUGCCAUAAAUAAAUCUUCUGAUGCCGUGAAAGCUCCUAAGCAUGUGCCUUCUGAUUCAAUCCAAGUUUCCAAGCUUCUCGAAAAAGCGAAAGCUGGUAGCGAGAUUCUGAAAUCUCAUCAUUACGAACUGGACACUUUCAAUCAGAAAUCGAAAGAUCUGUGUGAUAAGUUGGAAUCUUACAACAUUCAAGAUCUCUCUAAGCUGAAAGAAGAUUAUUCCAAUGUUCAAAAGAAAUGGGACGAUACUAAGAAAGAAGUCGAAUCCCGACUUCAGAAUCUGGAAUCCCAAAUGAUUAUGUGGCAACAAAUUGAUUUCGACAAAGAAGAAAUAAUUGGUUGGGUUAACGAGAUAUGCCGCUGUCUGAAUGAGCAAAUAAUCAAUUUUGAAAGUCGAGAAAAAGCUGAUGUGGUAUUAGAUCGAUACAAGAGUGAACUAGCGACACAUUUAGAAAUGAAAAAGAGCCUCUUCUCAAAAAUUGAGUCACUAAGAAAUUUAAACAACAAUUCUGAGAUUUCAACGCUGACUGCUCUCAAGUCUGUCAUAGAAACUCAUUUCGAAGAAGCUGAAAACUUGGCCAGGCAACUCCAGGGCUGCAUUUCAGAAUUGGGUAUGGAGGAAGAAGACAUUAGAAAAGAACAGCAAGAAUUAAGUGACUGGCUUCGUGUCGUGAGAGAAAAUAUAUCAAAAUGUGAAGAUGUGUCAGCCGAUGAUGAAGUCAUUCUUUUAAAUCAUGAAAACUGCAAGCAAUUGCAGAAAGAGAUCCUGGCAUACAAUGAGAGAUUUCAGAGAUUGGAUGCCAAAGUUGCUCAAACCAAACAGAAACAUUCCAAACUAGACACUUCAUACAUUGAAAAAGAAAACAGUAAUCUACAGAAGAGAUAUGAAAAAAUUAAAACUACCGCAUCAAAAAUUGCCAGCUUCUUAUCUUCAGCAGUGGAGCGGCGAUAUCAAAUAGCUCUUCAAGACUUCCAGAGAUGGAUGUUGACAAAUACUGAAAAACUUUCAUCGUGUAAACCUGAUCUUGUCGGAGACCGUUACAGUUUAGAAGCUAAAUUAGGCUUGUUACAGGAAAUCGAAUCAAGUCUGGUGCAAGGAGAAAACAAGAAAACGAAACUUGAAGUCACUGCUGCGAAUGUCAUCCAAGUCUUGCCUGCUGAAAAGCAUGCAGAAAUUCAGUCUGUCAUUGAUCAGACCAGUAGUGAAUGGGGGUCUUUUGUUUCUGCAAUAGACACCAUCAAAGCAUCACUGCUGAAAAAUCUAAGUGCAUGGCAAAAGUAUGAAACUGAGUACGAGGACUUCAGUGCUUGGCUGAGAGACAUGGAAUCAAAAGUAAAGAGUGUGACUACACAGCAGGUUGAACUUAAUGACAUCCAGCAGCAGCUGUCUGUUGUCAAGAGUCUGCAGAGUGAAGUCAGUCUUAAAAAGAAAAACUUAGAUGACUUGCUUCAGAUAAUUCAAGAAAUCUGUGCCGAAAAUCCUGAAGCUAGACUGAAGACUCAAACAUCGGAAGUGACAUCUAGAUAUCAAGCUCUGGAAAGAACUCUUCAGGAAGCUUUAAGAAGAUUGGAAAAUCUGUUGAAAGUGAAGAACGAGUACGAAACAUCCAAAGUUACAUUAGAGAACUGGCUAAGAGAAAUGGAUAAACAAUUAGAAUCAGAUUUUGACGUCUCUGGUGAUAAAGAUGCAUUGCAAUCGAAGCUUCAAUCUCUUAAAGAACUGCUUUCUAAGAAAGAGCAGAACACACCUAUACUGUCAUCUGUGACAGAUGCUGGAGAACUAAUUUACCUCAGUCUGAGCAUGGAAGGACGAGAUCAAAUACGAAAAGAGAUGAGAUGCUUGAGAGAUUCGUGGGAUGACAAGUGGGAAAAAGUCAGCACUACCAUCAAAAACAUUGAGUCAGCUUUGAUGGCAUGGGGAACGUUUGAAGAGAGUUGUAAACAAGUUGGAGUUUGGCUGAAUGAAUUGUCUGGACAAAUGACAAGUGAAGUGCAAUUAAAACCUACAUUAGCUGAGAAAAAAUUGCAACUUCAGAAUUUCAAGGCUGUCGCACAAGGGAUUUUGGCAUAUCAAACAGUAAUAACCAAAUUAAAAGAAAAAGCUGCGACCUUACCAGAAUCAGCACCAAAACAAAACAUUGAAAACUUCCAAGCGCAAUAUAACAGCUUAAUAUCUGCUGCAAAGGAUCGUGUGCAUACUUGUGAUCAGCAUGUUGUUGAACAUGAAGGAUACGCUGUGAAACUUGAACAUUUCCAAGACUGGUUGUCUUCUCUGAAAGCAGCUGUUGACACAAAUGUAGAACAAGGCGAUAUCGAGAGCUUAAAAGUGAAGAUAAUUGCUUUAUCGACUGUGCUGAGCUCACUUGAAGAAGGAAAACAGAAGCUGGACGAUCUGGAGAAACUGCUUGGCGAAGUUUUGCAACAUACUGAUGCGAGAGGUCACAAUAUUCUCAAAUCUGAAUUGAAUGAUGCGAGAGAGCAAUGGAAAGCAUUCAUGAAACAAUGUCAGAAUGCUCACGACACACUUUCAAAUGCAGUUGAGGAUCGUGGAAGUUGUGAAGCUGAGGUCUCAAGCCUUGAAGAAUGGUUAGCUAUGAAAGAACAUUUAUUACGCGAACAAAACUUGCGCAGCAACCUUGAAACUAAACAAGCUCAACUACAAAAUGUAAAGAAUAUGGAAAGUGAAAUUUUAUCUAAGCAAACUGAAAUUUCCUCUGUUGCUGCUAAAACUGAGCAACUGAGAGGAGACACUGCUUUGGCUGCUAGAAUGUCUAGAAUUCUAAAUAAGUAUCAAAGUCUGAAGAAUGCUGCAAAAGAUUCUGUGAGAAAAUGGGAACAAUAUGUAAAAGAGCAUGAAUACUUUGAGAAGAAACUGGCAGAAGUUUUAAAAUGGUUAGAAGAACCUGAAAAGAAGUUACAAGAAAAUUCCAUCUUAUUUGGAGAUAUGACAGUUCUUCAGGAGAGGAAAGCAGCUUUAGAAACUUUAAGUGACCAAUUAUCUCAAAACUUGUAUCAUAUCGAAACAACAAUUGAACUAGGUGAGAAGCUUUAUUCUUCAACUUCUCCUGAGGGAAGAGAGAUCAUUCGUCAAAAAAUUAGGAGUCUUCAAAAACAUUGGGAAUCUCUUCAAGAAAAAUGUAAUGGAUCUUUGAGAGCUGUUGAUUCGUGCCUUCAAAAGCUUAUAUCCUUUUCUCAAGGACAAGAGAGAUUAUCAAAAUGGUUGCAAGAAGUGGGAUUGUCUGUUCAGCAACAUACUGAACCUAAAUCUACAAUACAAGAGAAGCGAGCUCAACUCCAAAGUCAAAAAGUGAUACACCAAGAUAUUCUUUCCCACAAACCAUUGCUUGAAGCUGUUUGUGACAAAGCGAACGAACUGAUGUCCGUAACUGGUGACAAUACUAUUCCAUCAUACAUUCACGAUGUCAAAAUGAUGUAUAAUGCCAUGUGCACAAAAUCGGAGGGACUGUUGGGAAAAUUAAAGGACAGUAUUAAUGAUCAUCAGAAAUAUCUGGAUGACUACCGAAAAUUCCAGGAAUUUUUGUCUACAUCCCACAUUAAACUGCAGGAAUGCAAAGAUACUUCUGGAGAAAAAGCCAUCAUUGUCAGUCGUCUUAAUAUUUUGAAAGAUCUAAUGAGCAAGCAGUCUGAAGGUGACAAAAUGCUAGCAGACUUAGAAAAAUUGUGUACUGUUGUAUGCAAGAAUACAAGUGAACAUGGUUGUGAAAUUCUGCGGCAUGAAAUGAAAGAAUUAUCUGACUCAUGGAGCCAAUAUAAUACAGCAUUAAUGGAAAGCAAAUGUAAUUUAACAAAUGUCAUUCAGCAAUGGACAAGUUUUGAAAAGAAUAUGCAGACUCUGAAUAAAUGGUUCAAAGAUAUGGAUGCAGAAUUCAAGAAGCCUCAGCUGCAAUCUACAUUGGAAGAAAAGGAAACUCAAUAUGCAAUAUUAAAGGACUUAAAUGACAAAGUUGUGUACUGCCAGAAAGAUUUGGAUACACUGACCGAUGAAGCUCAUUCUUUGACCCAUUCAUCUGGUGUUGAAAGCAUUAAGUUCGAUGUAUCACAACUUAAUGUUCGAUAUCAAAAUUUAGUAUCUUUAUCUAAGACCUUGUUACAUCGAUGGGAAUUGAUUGUCCAAGACCAUAAGGCAUUUGAACGCAAAGCUGACGAAUUUUCUGAAUGGCUGACUGCAGGUCAGAAAAUUCUGACUGAUAUUGAAACAGAAGAAAGUAUUGAGCAAAGCAUGAUAAAACUGCAGGUAUUGGUCAAUGAUAGGAUGCAAGGUCAACAAUUAUUAAGUGAAACUGUUCAGAGUGGUGAACGAUUGUAUCAGGAUACUGCAACAGCUGGUCGGGAAACUAUUCGCGAAAGAUUAAGAGAACUAAGAGACAAAUUUGACUUGUUCUCUAAUAGUGUAGUAGAAGUGCAGAGACAGCUUGACUCUCUUAAUCAGCACUGGGUUAGCUUCAAAGAUACAUUCAAGCAGAUUUUGAACUGGAUGGACUCGGCAGAUCGCACACUGUCAUCACAUGAUCUAAACCUCCCGUCCCUUCAAGAUAUAAAUCCUCGCCUAUUGAAAUAUAAAGCAUUGACACAGGAAACUGAGCCUCAUAAAAGGCAGUUAGAUCUCCUACAAUCCAAAGUUCAGUCAGUAGCACCACUAAUGAAGGAAGAAGAUUUGCCUUUAUCCAUUCUUGAAGCUACUGCUCGAUUCAAUAACUUAGUCACUGUUAUUAAGGAACACCUUGAAAAGAUGGAACAUCUGUCUAGCUUAUAUCAACAAUGCCAAGAUCAGAAGGAUGUUUGUGAAGAGUGGUGCCAGAAGAAUGAAGAACAAUUAAUUCUUUGCUCAGAUUUUGCUGGAAAUCGUACAGUUCUAAAAGCUAAAGAAGAACAGUUAAGGAAUUUGAAGGAACAUUUACCUGAAGGUAUGGAUAAAAUUCAGUUAUAUGGAAAGCAUGUCCAGCAACUUUCCGAUGUCAUUGCAACACGUGACUUUGAACAGUUGACUAAGAGCCAUGCUGCAUUUGAGAAGAGGUAUCAAGAUAUUGCAACAAAAACUGAUGAAACUUUGAGAGAAAUGACAGAAAAAUUUAAACAAUGGGAAACUUUUGAUGAAAAAUGCAAUGCGAUGACAUCUUGGCUUGAAAAUAUGGAACAAAGGAUUAAAGAUUUUGUCUUAAAAACCACACUUGAUGAGAAAAUUGAGCAACGUGACAAAUUCCAGAUGUCGGUUGAAGAUAUUUUGGCAAAUGAAUCAGCUAUUAUCUCACAUUCUAAGAUAGUGGAAUCACCAGAACAAGCAUUACUCGGAGAGCUUCGUACUAAGGAAGCUGAUUUUGAUGUCUUGUCUGAUGAAUCCCAAGAACUUAUUGCUGCUAGUGGCGAAAUGAGGAUUUCAAUGGGAACUUCUCAAAUAAUAUCGCGAUUUCAGUCCAUGCUUCUUACUUGCAAAGAACUUGCGAGGAAAUGUGAGCAACAUGUUGAAGAUCACCAACAAUUCAAUGAAAAAUAUAAAGUUUGCUCUGAUUGGAUUGAAAAUGCCGCCGCUCAGUAUGCAAAAAUAAAUGUUCUUCCAUAUGAUAGUAGCGAAUCUUUGUUAAAGAAACUUAAUCUUGUACAAGAAUUACUACAAACCAAAGAUGAAGGCCUUAAUAUGGUGAGUGCUACUGUUCAGUAUGGUGAGCAGUUACAAGUAGGUUCUUCACCUGAAGGAUGGGAAACUGUUCAAGUUAUGUUGCAGAAUCUACAAGCAGCUUUUGAUAAAGUGUUUGAUGAUGCAUCUAGCUUGGAAAGAUCCCUUUUGUCCACCCAGUUCGUUUGGUCAGAAUUUGAAGAAACUUUACAACGAUUGCAAUCAUGGAUUACAAAUUGUUCUUCCAAUUUCUACGAUUCACCUAAACAAGGAAUCAAUCUGGAUGCUAAAAAAGGACUACUAAGAACAUAUAAGGCUCUACUUGUUGAUAUAAAUGGCCAUGACAGAGCUGUUGAAGACUUGCAGCUUUCACACGAUUGUGUACCCACACUUGACAAAAAUAUUGAUGAUAUCAUCAACAACGUUGUUGAAAAACAGAAGUCUCUGAAAUCAAAAUCUGAAGAAUAUAUAACAUUUUAUGAAAACUGUGUACAAGAACAUGAUGCAUGGAAUAAAGCAAUGAAUGACAUCAGGAACUGGUUGAACUCAACUCAGACAUCUAUUGAUGCAUGCAGGGAUACUAAUUUAGAUAGAAUUUCUCUUCUUGGAAGUCUACGAACUAUUAAGAACAUUAUCACCAGUUUUGAUGCUGAGAGACCUAAACUUGCUAGUGUAGAAGAAUCUUUCCAAAAAGUGCUGAAGUCUACACAUGAAGAUGGAAAGAAUGCUCUUUCAGAUGAACUUAAAUCUCUCCAAAAUUUAUUUGAAUCAACUGAAGCAUCUGCUAAAAAGACAGCUGAAUUGCUUGAAGAUCUAAUGAAUCAAUGGACCGAUUAUGAAGAAAGGGUGUCUGAAGUUCAGACCUGGAUGAAAGAAAUCGAAAACUCUUUGCAGAGUAUUUGUUUAAAAGAAAGUUUGUCAGAAAAACGAUUACAAUUAGAAAAAUUAAAGAACAUUCAAGGUGAAGUGAGAGAAAAAGAACUGGAGAUUGAUGCUCUUACUGACAAAAUGCAACAACUCCAGAAAGGUCCUAGUAAGCGACGUAUAAGUAAACUAAGUGAAUUGGGAAUAACAUAUCAGAAUCUUGUUUCCAGAGCAAGGGAUACUUAUGCUAAAUGGAACCAAUAUGUCAUUGAUCAUCAAGAAUUCUUAAGUAUAGUUGCUGAGUUUCAGAAGCAUUUGACAGAUUUAAAACAUAAACUUGAACAAUGUCAAACACCUGAAGGCACAUUAGAAGAUAUCCAAGAGAAAUUAAAAACUGUACAGGAUAUUGCUUGUGAAAAAGAAUCCCUUUCAUCAACGUUCCAGAACAUAACUGAUAAAGCACAAGUUGUCUUAUCAUCUACCGCUCCAAUGGGUCAUUCAGCUAUAAAUGAAACUAUACAAUCUCUCCAAGAACUGCUUUCCACUAUAGUACUGAAUUCAUCCACCAUAAAAGUUUCUCUUGAAGACUGCCUACACAUGUGGGCUACUUUCUUGCAUUCUAUGAAGCAAGUUGCUAAAGUGACUGAUAAUAUUGAACACACCUUGGAAGAAGCAAGAAAAUACCAAUCCACAUUAGCUGAAAAGAAAUGUCAAUUAGAUAAAGUUAAAAGUCUCCAACAUAAAAUACAACAAGAAAAGAUGGAAGUUGAUAGUCUGAAAACUAGAUCGGAAGAAAUGAUCGAAAAAGGUCCUCACUGUGCAUAUACAUCAGAAGCCAUGGACAUUGUACAUAGAUUCUAUGCUGCUUCAGAAUCUAUUAAUGGUCUUGUUCUUCAGAAUGAGCAAAAUUUCAAGAAUCAUCAAACAUUUAAAAGUAACUGCGACAAUCUUGUGACUUGGAUGCGACAGUUGAGGGAGAAGAUUCCUCCAGUUACACGAUCACUGAGUGACAAAUUGAACUUGGAAUCCAGUGCUUCGAUUUUGGAAGAACUAUUAGCUAAAAAGUCUCAGGGGCAAUUGAAAGUUGAUGCCAUCAUACAAUCUGGAGAAAUUGCUAUGGCCACUAGCUCUGAAAGUGGAAAGAAAAUGAUUUCAACAGAUAUGGAAAAUCAUACUACAGAUUUCCAAAACCUGUUUAUUGAAAUCGCUGACCUAAAAGAAGAAUUAGAUAACAUUUGUAUACAACUGAGAGAAUUUAAAGAUGAAUAUGAGAAAGUUAGUGAGUGGUUACAAGCAAUGGAGACUGAUGUUAAAGCACAAAAGACAACACUGAAAGCAACUCUUGAAGAAAAAGAAGCUGUUGUUAAAUACUGCAAGGGUGUACUGGAUGAAUUAGAAAAGGGCAAAGAAUCGAUGGAAAAAUUAACUGCUUCAGCUUCUGGACUUUUAGCAUCCCAUUUGGAUACAUACAUAAGAAAUCAGUUAACAAUAAUUAAUUCUAGAUUCCAAGUAUUACGUAAUUUAGCUAAGGAUGUUAGUGAUAAGGCUAAUAACAGCUAUGAGUUACACAAAAUCUAUAAAGAAAAAUUAGCUGAGAGCAAGAGGUGGAUAGAUUCAACUAAUGAAAAGAUAAGACAAAUUGGGAAAAUAGAAGGCAAUAAAGCUCAUUUGGAAAAGCUGUUAAAUGACAUUCAAGUUCUUGGAAGAAAACAAGAUGAUGGAUUAUCUUUGGUUCAAUCAACAAUUGUUGCCUCGGAUAAAGCUGCUCGCACUUCAAACCAAGCCGGAAAAGAUGUAAUAGCUACUGAAAUUCAUGAAUUACAGUCACAAUGGGAUAGAUUGCUGCAUAGUAUAUCGGAAACAAAAAUCGCCAUCGAAACCGCUCUUCUCCAAUGGGCUGAUUAUACAUCUUCUGAGGCAAAACUCAUUGAAUGGCUUACUGAGCAUGAACAAAUGCUAAAAGAAGUGAAAAAGACGAAUAUACCUCCCAUGACAAAAGAGAAUGUCAAUCAAAGAAAGGCAAGAUUGCGCAAAGCCAAUAGCAUGGUACAAGAUAUUGAAUCAUUUGAGCCAAUGAUAGAAUCUAUCCAGACAAAAGCUGUGCAACUUCAUCAACCAGUAUCACCAGAAAUACACGAAAAGUAUCAAAAACUUGUCGAAGACUCCAAGAAAUACAGAGAUCAUCAACAAAAUGUGAUGGACUGCCUACAGCAAUUCAUGGAUUCCUGCAUGGAUAUUUCUAAAUGGCUCAGCUCUGCUCGGGAAAAAUUGAGCAAAUGUGCAAUGCCGUCUGGAGAUCGAGAGGCGAUGAAAGACAAGACAAGCAAAAUCCAGAUUCUGCAAUCAGAAUUAGGAGAAGGCUUAGAAAAACUCCAUCAUGCCACCUUCCUUGGAGAAGUGGUGAAAGAAAACGUCGAAACCGAAGAGGAAAAAUGCAUGAUAGAUGAAGAGCUGCUGAAGUUGCAAGAGGAAUACGAGCUACUCAAAGCAAAUGUUGCUGAAGUCAAAGUGUUGCUUGAUGUUGGUGUUGUCAAAUGGAACGAAUAUGAUGAACAGUAUGCAAAAUGUUCUGAAUGGUUAUUAAAAAUGGAGCCUCUUGUGCAAUCAUAUGCCAAGCCUCAAGCAGACCUUCUGUCUAAAAGGGCAAGACUUCAAGAAUUUCAAGAUCACCUACAAACAAUAUUUGAUUAUCAGAUAGAGUUUGACAAACUAAACAUGAAAGCUCAGCUCCUCCUAGAAACGUACUCCGAUUCUAGCAUUUCAAAUGCAUUUACCCUUCUUUCAAGAAAAUAUGGAGCCCUCGUAUCAUUUUCAAAAGAAGUGAUGCACCAACUCGAGCAGCACUUCCAAGAACACCAACAGCAACAGAGUAUGUUCAGCGAAUGCAUUGAACUGAUUGACGUUUCGAAAGAGAAACUUAAUGAUUGCUGCACACCUUCAAGCAGCGUUGACGAACUUAAUGCAAAACUCAGCAGCUUGAAAGUUCUAUCAAACAGCAUGGACCAGGCCCAAAACAAGAUAAGAUAUACCAUGGAACUAACAGAAAAAGUUAUUGCAAACACCGAUUCAUUUGGUAUGAAUGACAUUAAAGAAGAUGCGGACAAUCUGAAGGCUGAUUUUGAAGAAUUGUUGAAGGAAAUUGCAGCAACACAGCUUAGACUGACCGAACGUCUUGCGGUGGUUGGAGAAUUCAACAAGACUUUAAGACAAUUCAAAGUCUGGUUGGAAGAAAUCGAUAGCGAAAUCGAAGCUACCGGCAAGCAAGAACUUAAUUCUCUAAUUGAGAAGAAAUCGGUCUUAGAAAAAUAUAGCACCAUAUUGAAAGAUUUACAAGCCCAUGAAUCUACGGCUAAACGCUUGAAAGGUGACGCUAAUGAUUAUCCGACCGUUCGAGAUGAGAUCUUGGAAUGCUUAGAAAAGUAUGAAAACUUUAUGCUUAUCACACAAAAUUGUACAUCUCAACUAACUUCAGAAAUCGAAGAACUGGAAAAAUUCAAAAGCGCCUACGCCGCUGCCGAGAGCUGGUUGAGAGACACUAAAAUGUCUCUUCAUAACAUCGGUCUGCAAGCAGAUAGUAUAGCUGCAGUUGAAGAAAAGUUGACUUUGUUUAAGAAACUAGAAGAAUCUCUGCCUGAAGGAGAAGGUUUGAUUAAGAUUGCAAAUGAAUUAGGCAAUGCUGCUGGCAACAACAUGGGAUUUUUAGGCAGGGAACGCAUAUCCAAAGAACUUGAAGCUCUGAAUUCUGCAUAUGAAGAACUCCUUAUGUCUGUCAAUGAGCUCAAAUUUGGCUUGGAGCGAUGCCUUGAUGCUUGGAAUGAAUUCGAAACAUCAAGAAAAGAAGUUGAAAGUUGGUUAUCUGACAUGAAAAAUAAAAUUCGACCGUAUUUGGAAAGUAGUCCAGAUAUCCAUGAUUCCGACAGGCUCGGGAAGUUGAAAGAGAUGUAUGAUGAAAUUAAAGAACACAAAAUUGAUGUUGAUUCUCUCAAUACUCUUUGUGAGAAUCUAGUAGAAGCUAGCUCAUACUCGGCCUGCAGAGAUCCAGUCGUCUCCAUAUCUGGAGAGUACAAUAAUUUAUCUUCAAAUGUUUCAGAUACUAUCAGCAAAUUAGAAAAAUACAUCUGCAACCAAGGAGAAUUUGCUGAUUCUAAGAAUGAAUUUUUGUCGUGGUACAGCCAAAAUAAAACUGUUCUUGAUGAAAAUAAUAACAUGAAAGGCGAUUUAGAUACUCUUCAGAAGCGAAUGAAUAAUGUGAAAUCCGUUAGUGGUGCACUGCCAGAAGGUCAACGACUUCUUGAUUCAACUAUUGACUGUGGUAACAAAGCACUUAGAGUUUUACCUGAUACAGCAAAAGCUAAAAUUAAAUCUGAAAUGGAUAACAUGAAGGAUCAGUUUUCUGAAUUAAGUAAGCAAACAACUGAAGUCGUUAGCGCAUUAUCUUCUGUUUUGUCUAGACUUCAAGAAUUUGCUCAGAACAAGAGCAAGCUGAAAGAAUGGCUGGAUAAUAUUAAAACAAAAAUACCCGAAAAGCUUAUAAUUAAACCUGACAUUGUCGAAGUCCGAACUCGCAUUGAAAGCUUCAAACAAAUUUUCUCUGAUAUGGAAAAUCAUAAAUCUCAAUUGAAAGAACUACAAGUUGAGGCCAGUGAAUUAGCCUUAAAAACUGGAGGUGAAAGUGAAAUAUCAAAAGUUGAAGAAAUUUCAGAAGAUUUCAAAACAGUCCACCAAAAAGUUAAAGCAUUACUUACAAGACUUGAAAAGGAGCUAUCCACUUUACAGUCUUACAACCAUGAACUUCAAGAAAUUGAAAAAUGGUUGUUACAAAUGUCUUUUAAUUUGAUGUCUCACCAUUCUUUGCAAAUCUCAAAUCUUAUUAAAACAAGGGAGCAAGCCAAUAAACAUCAGCUUCUAUUAAGAGAGAUUCAAAAUUAUCAAAAGGUAAUUGAUUCAUUGAAAGUCAAAGGAUCAUCAAUUAUAAAUGACUACAAGAAUGAUGCUCCAACGAUUGAAAAUCAGAUUAACGGCCAAAUCACUAACAUUCAAGAAAGUUAUGAUUCGCUUUUGAUGACAGCAGAAAAUAUCCAAGCUCAACUUGAGGAUGCUCUAUCCAAAUUUAAAGCAUAUGAAGACAGUCUACUACUAUGCGAAAGACUUCUAAAUGAAACAAGACCAUUUAUUUCCAGUGGUUUGGAUGCAUCAAAGCUAUCAUCCGAAGAUGCCCGGGACAAACUGGAUAUGGCGAAGAAAUACCUGAAGAAUCUGAUAGAUGGUCGAGAAAAACUGCAGCAUGCAAUUCAAGGGUGCGUGGAAGCAACUUCCUCUAUAAGCAGGCCAUCUAGUCCUGAUGUUGGUUUUGCUUCUUCAUUACCAGAAAAGGAAAUGCAGAUAAAAAUGCAACUCCAAGAUUAUAUAGAACAGCUGCAAGCAUUUUCAACAUCUCUGGAAAAUAUCGUAAGUGAAUGGGAGACUUUGAACAAAUCGAAAAAUUCUAUUGAAAAGUGGAUUGCAGAAAAGGAAACUUUCCUUACCACCCUGGAAUCCAAACCUCUGGAUUUUAACAUAGAAGCUUUAAAUUCUCGACUUCAUGAUCUCGAGGAUAUUAAGAUACAAGUAACAGAAAAGGAAUCUGAAAUAGACAGUAUAGAGAGAAAAGAAAAGAAGAGAAAUGACUUGUCUGAAGUAAAUCGUCUAAGAGAAAAACUAAAGCAUUUAGAUGCCCGAGUUAGUCAAUUGAUGAACCAGUGCCUAUCACAGAGAUUGACUAUUGAGGAAAUGAGAGUUAUAUUCAGCGAAAUCGAAUCUCAAUUAAAAUUGUGCGAUGAAAAGAUUGAUAAUAUAGAAAAACAAAUGACUGCUGGGUCUGCUCAAAAGAAACAACUCAUGCAGCAAAGUCUUGAAGAUCUAAAUUCAGUCGAUGUGCUUUUAACAAAACUGAAAACCAUGACGGAUAAAUUAAGAGACCAAUUCUCUGAACAAAGCGAGAAAGAAAUUCGUAAUAGAAUAAGUAAUUUAGAAAAACGUCUGGAAGAUCUUCGAAAUCGGUGCAUGCGAAAAAUCCAAAGUAUCGAACUGAUCGAAACAAAUGUGAAUUCACUGUCAUCUGAACUUUCCUCUAUCCAGGAAUGGAUAAAUGAGAAAAAACUGCAGCUCAAAUCUUUACCAAAGCCUGGCUAUCAGAGUGCUUGUAUUGAAGGUGCUCUUCAAGAAAUAAAAUCAAUCCAAAGAGAGACGCUAAAUAAAGAAAUUGUCAUACAGUCUACUGAAAAGAAGGUCGAAACAAUAUGCGUCGACAUUGAUCAGAAAGAAAGAGAUUCUUUGAUUCAUGAUAUGAAUACUUUGAAAUCAAAAUUCGAUGACUUGUGCAAUGCAUUAGAUGCAGAGUUGUCUAAAUUUGAUACUUUCCUAGCCAAAAGCAAGCAUUUUGAAAAAGAGUUGGAUGAUAUUAAACAAUGGCUUAUUGAGAAAGAACGUCUUCUAAACAGAAUCGAGUGGUUCCCAGGUAAACAAGAAGAACUCAAUGAAGCUAAAUCGCAAUUCACAUCUGAAGAAACAAUAAUCAAGAAAUAUGAAGAAAUGACUAUAACAAAUGUGUAUAAGCUCGGCAAAGACCUAGAAGAACUGUGCAACAAUGAUGAAUUAUCUUCUCUCAAUUCUGCCCUUGAGGAAAUUAAGAGAUAUUUAGACCAGGUGAAAAAACUGUUGGAGAAAAAUAUAAAAGAAGUUAACAAAAUGAUCGAAGAACAAAAGAUAAUUGAUGAAUCUCUAGAUAAGAUACAGUCUUGGCUAACUGAAGCCGAAUCAAUUUUAUCAACAACUUUGCGUCUGGAUGCAUCCAUUGAAGUUAUUGAAGAACAAAAAUCUACUUAUAAACAGCUAACAGAUGAAAGCAAAAAGAGUUUUGAAGAACUGAUGAAACUUCAAAGUGCAUCUGAUAAAAUUUUGCCAAAAAUGAAAAGCAGCAACAAAAUGCAAUUGGAAAAUGAGCUGAGAGCAUUGAAAGAGCGUCUUCAUCGAAUAGAGGAUGCUUUGAAUGAAAAACUACAACUACUGGAUGAAGCCAUGGUACAACAGAAAGAACAGAAAUGGCAACUUGAGGAAAGCAGUAGAAAGCUUGAAGAAAUAAAAGAAGAAAUCCAGCAUCUCAGCAAACCACUUGGUCCUUUUACAGCUGAUGCAGAAUUCGUAGUCGAGAGCUAUGAAAAAAUUCUUCAUCGCCUCCUAGAUCUCAACGAACGGCUACAAGGCAUUAAACCUCUUUCCAGUUUUCUUAACAUGUAUAACAACUUGCUUGAAAAGUAUAGUGAAGUCAUCCAACAGGUUCAAGAUAAGUUUGCAAAAGCCAAACAGUCUUUGUCCAUCCGAGAUCAAUACCAUACUCUUGUGAAAGAAAUAAAUGAGACUGUUUAUACUUGUCAUGAAAAUUUAACCACUGUAAAUGAAGAAAAUAUUCCAUCUGAUAAGAAACUUGUCAAAUAUCAAAGCAUACUUGAUGACGUUACUCAGUGUGAAGCUACAUUUACCAAAGCCAGCGAUAAAGGCGAACAGAUUGCAAAAGAGGGAACAGCUAAUGACUGCAAUAAAAUAAUGGAAGAACUUCAGAGGCUGAGGAGCAAACUGAAUGAACUGAAAAAAGCCGUAAAUAAAGAAAAAACUCAACAUGAGAAUCUAAUAGCGGAGCAGAAGAAAUAUAUGCAGGAGAUGGAUCAUGUCCUCGGGGAGUUAAGAAGUGGACUUUCUGUCAUGCAGUCUCAACCACUGCUGAAGCUUCCAUCUAAAGAUGUCCAGAAAGAAAUACAUAAGCAUAAGGACUUAGCAUCAGACUUAAAGAAAUGGCUGAGUGAAGCAUCGGUGCUUACCAACCAAAUCGAUGCGGAGCUUCAGACGGAAAGUCUUCCAGGAUCAUUUAUGGAACAAGUUGAAGAGUGCAACUUAUUUCAACAAACACUUGUCCUGGCUAUGGAUGAACAACUCCAGUAUCUGAAGUCUGCCUAUGAAGUUCGAAAAGAGUUUGAGAAGAUAUCUGAUAGUCUUAAUACUUGGUUGGAAGGUGCAGAAAAAAUGCUUGAUGUCUCAUCCAAUGGCGUUGACUUCCAAAGUAUUGAUUCUACUUACGCAGAAUUGCAGAAAUACUUUUCCGACAUAAGCACUUACGAAAACCAACUGUCUGAAAUCCAGAAAUUGGGUUCUCAAAUCCAUUCAACUCUGCUGGACGAUCAAGUUUCUCUCUUGGAAGCAGAAAUUGAGUCUCUGAAGCAAACACUUUUCAGGGUUGUGAACUCGGCUGACAAAGUCAUCACUGAAGUAGAGAUAGAUUGCAUUUUAUGGAAGGAGUACAGAGAACUUUUUGAAAAAGUUUCGAAUCUCAUCAAAGCCCCUAUUCCGGCAGAGAAACCUGUUUCCAUCUCGGGUCUGAAUACAUCGAUUAAAAAGCUGUCCAAUCUCUUCAAAGAAAUGCAGAAAAAUCAAACUUUGAUCAAUGAAUUGAACGAAAAAGCACGAUCCUUGAAUCGAAAAGCUAACAUGGCUUCAGCCGAUGUCAUCAAUCAUAAACUGUCCAGCCUCAAUAGUCAGUGGCAAGAUCAUUUGUGUUCCUUGGAGAGUCAAAUUUCUGCUUUGACUGAUAUUCUGAAUCAAUGGGAGGUAUAUUCCGAGGUAGACAAAAAUAUACAGUCAUCGCUAUUGACCUGUGAAAGAAAAUUGGAAGAUAUAAUGGCGUCACAAACUAUCAGUGAAGAUAGUUUAAAGAACUUGUUGGAAGAGGUGAAGCAAGUAGGGAGUGCUAUUGACAAUCUCACGUCGCUGUCGACCGGUGUUUUGGCUUACUUGAACAGUAUCCCGAAUGGUUCAGAGGCUCAAAAACAAAUCAAGACCCACUUGCAAGAUGUUCGCAAACGACAUCAAAAGUUAAUUUGUGACAUUGAAAGCAAACUGAAACAAGUUCACGAAGAAAAUAAAGCCAUGAAGGAUUUGGAAGAACAAGUGACUGUAAUUCAAGAAAAAAUUCAUACAAUAGAAGAAAAGAUUAAGCUGAUUGAUUGCUAUAUUGAUGAUUUGGACACUGUUGAUCAGACUAUGACAGAAGUGCGAGAAGAAGUGACAACUAUUACUGAAACUGUUAAAACCAUCACAACUAAAACAAAAGAUAACUUCAAGAAAAAAGAUUAUACAAUUCCUGAUUCAAUUACCAAAACUCUGUCAUCUUUGGAACUUCUGUCUGAAGCAACAACAACUAUUCUCGAAGACAAAGAACGUGAAUACAAAAAAGCUAGAGCUAUAAGAAUAGAAUAUACAGAAGCUUUAGAUGAUGUAGUUGCAUGGCUGAAAAAAGCACAAGAACAGCUGCAAGAUAAAUCUAAUUUACCAGAAGUUGCACUGGAAUAUAUAAAUGUUUUAAUAUCAGAAGUUGUGCCAAUAAAAUCCAAACUGGACAUUGUUCGCAGAAAUGGUUUAUUAAUUUCUGAGAGUACUAGAAGCCCAUCCGAAAAACAGAUAAUUCAGAAUUCCAUAAGUUCCCUCGAAGAUCAGAUGAGUAAAGUAGAGUCAUGGCUCUAUGAAAGAGAAGUUCAAUUGAAAGAAGCAGUGAAUGCACUUCGGCAGUUUUUGGAAUCACAAAAUUUCAUACAAUCUUGGAUACGAAAAGUUGAAUCAUAUUUGUCUCAGGACACUGAAAUUCUGUCAUUAGCAGAUGCCAAACAAAAGCUGUCUGACUUGCAGGGUUUCUCAAAAGAAUCUAGUCAAGUUCAACAACAUCUUAAAAACAUGACAAAACGUUUUGAAAAGAUUGGUGAAGUGUGCAGCACAGGUGACUUAGCUGACAUGCUGGAUAACAUUGAACAAGAUGAGAGCAGCACCGAUAGUCGACUCCAAGAACAGCUGUCUCUGCUUCAAGAAAUGGUAGAAGAGUGGGAGCAGUGUGAAAGGAAGAUUAAAGAAGUGGCAUCAUGGGUCGAGAAAGCGAAGACCAGCCUUGAAUCGCCCCACUUUAAGAAGCGAAGUUUGAGGGAUCAGCUUACUACCAGAGAGAAAAUGAUGUCUGACAUGUCAGUACAGAAGACUAAAGUUUUAAUGGCACUUGAAAAACUUCAGGUUCACUUAAGAUCUCAUAUAGGUUGUCAGCAUCAAAUAUUAACCAGAGGGCAAAGUGUACAAGAGGAACUUGAAACUUUACACUCACAAGUUGAAAAACAAUGUGAAACCCUGCAAUUGUGUGUUGUACAAGAAGACCAAUACCAACAAGAUCGACAAGCACUAAAACAUGCAAUUUCACAAGCUGAUCACCAACUAAAACUAGCUACUAGUCCCAAUAUCAAUGUUGAAGAGAAGGAAAAACUGAAAGAAUUGCAGCAAGCACUUAAAGAGCAGAUUCAGAACUACAGCAACCAAAUCAAUAUAAUCCAAGAUCGUAUCAAGAAUAUUCACCAAACCAGGACUCCAGAUAAAGAUCCAUUUAGAGCACAAAUAGUUCCUCUGCCAAUGUCAGUAUUUCUUCCUCCACCACCAAAAAUAUACAUACCCCCUGAAUCCCCACAUUCACCCGAUACUAGACGACGCCCCAUGUCUCGAGAAUCAUCCACACUAAUUGAAAGGCAUUAUACCAAAUCCCCAGCCUCUCCAACAGAUUUAGGAUUAAGUUAUGCUGCCAUAGCUUCAGGUCAAAAUAGUCCAGUUAAAACUCAUGGUAGGCGUAGUCCAUACCCAAAAUCUUUUACACCGACUUUUUCAAGUACUCCCACUGAACUUAAUGAAACUACUACUAAAAAAGAGUUGGUCAUUGAAAAAAAGAUAACUGAGCACACUAUCCCAAGAUCUCCCAAACCACCACCUCGUAGAAUGAAGGAACAUAAGGAAGACAUUAAAACGCAUGAAAAACAUUCCACACGUGAGGAAAAAACCAGUACUAUUACUAAAAAACAAAAAGGUCAGGAAAUAAGAACUCCUGUUAUUGAAGAAAUUAAGGAGGAAAGUUCCAAAACUGAAGAAUCUAAAAACGUAGAUGGGACAUCAUGGGCAUCAGGUUUUCUUUCGAAACCAUCAUAUGCUGAUAUUUUGUCAGGACGCAGUAGUCCUAUACCUCGAUCUCCUUCCCCACCAGAUGGAGAUUCACGCCCUGAUGAUAGAUUUGUCACUUCAUCGUACCAAAAAGAAGUUUCUAGUUCAGAUGGAGGGGAAAACGUUACUGAAAAGCUUGAAGCGUCGUCUUUUAAAACUUCAGCAUUUACAGUGUCUUCAGAACCUAUUGUUGAAAUGCCAGAAUCACCAGAUCUUGGCAAAAAGAAAUUAAGUAUAAAAAUUCCCAAAAGCCCUUUUGGUAGCCAUUUUGUUCGAAGUGCGUCGCCAAAAUUUUUUGACCUAAAAACGAGAACCCCCUCUCCUUCUCCUUCGGGAUUGAAAGAAUUUUCUGAGUCCCGUGUUUCAUCCACGUCUGUUUCAAGGACAGUAGUUUAUUCUAAAGGUGAGCAGCAUGUUACUCAAACAGAAUCUUCUCAUAGUGAAAUUGAAACUAAAUCAUUUUGUGCCAGUCCACCAGAAUCGCGAAAACUGACCUAUGCUCAAGUUGCUCGCAUCAGUAGCCCUGUCGGUGAUGCUCACCGUAGCGCAUCACCUAGGCCACAAUCUGCUGGUAGGUCUCAUUCCCAAACGUCCAGCAAAAGCCAUUCCAACAAUGUCCCUCCAAAACCACCAGAUGCUAGUCCAAAAUCCGAUUCUGAUCAGAAGUCUUUUUUAGAGGUUAAUUCUGAUAACAGGAACCGGCCUAAAUUAGAAGAUCCUGAGAAAACGGGUGGGGGGAAAGAUGAUAAAGAGCAUUUUUUAUCCAAAGGUCCUGAACAGAACCAAAAAAACUUGAUUAGGCCUCUGCUCAGCCAAGAGGAGGAUGUGUUUUGGGCACAUCUGCUGAGCAGGGGCAAGAAUAACCAUCAUCCUCUUUCUUGUGAGAUUUUAAAAAUUUCUCAAGAAAUUGAAGGAAACUUGCAAAGUUACAAACUUUGCGUCCUCGGUGUAACUAGUCCCGAGCGAGAAAAUAUACUUAAAAAAGCCAUGAGCUUGUUAGUGAAUGCCCAGUCUCCCGAUGAAUGUAUUUCUAUUACUGGGCAAAUUAAGUUAGUUCCUAAAACUUGUCUUCAUUUUGAAGAAUGGUACGAUAAAAUUCAGGAUGAAAUGUUGUUAAUGUGUUUACAGUGUGGUUGUUUGACUUUUUCUAUGUCCUCCAUUUCAAAUUAUGAAUUUCUUCCAACUCUGAAAACUAAUGACGACUGGUUAGAAAUUGCAUCUUGUAUUUUAAAUAAAACUAAUAACAAACCAAUGAUAAUUUGUCAUUCUUACGAAUUACUGAAAGAUAAUAACAUAGUUAGUGAAUCAAAGAUAUCGUUUUUUCAUUCUGACUUAAAAGUAAUAUCCGAUACUGACCCCGUGAUGUCCAAUCUAUUUCUUCCAUCAAAAUUUUCUCAAAAGAAAGUGAAAUUAAAAUUUGAAGUCUUAGAUCAUUCCAUUUUUAUUACUGAUCAUACCAAUUACAUCAUGCUACCAUUUGAAAUAAAGUCUCGAGACAAUAUUGUGGCAAGUAAUGAUGAAUCUGUUGGAGAUGUGCCAAAUAAUAAUGAAAGAACAUCUACAAUGCCACAGAAUGACAAUGACAAUCAUUCCAAAUCAGAAGGUGUAUUAGUGGUGGAGGACAAAGACUGCCAUUCUGGGACUGUAAAUCCUCAAGGUGGAUCUCAUCAAUUAAAGAUGAGUUCAACAGAAGAAAUUUUGAAUUCAUCACAAAUCAAGGAUCCAACUUUACAGGAAGUAACUGUCACUCAAAAACUUCAACCUCAGUCAUUUGCUGCUCCCUUUUCUUCCUCUACUCCUUCUGUAGAACAAUCUCAUGAAGAAGAGACGAAAUUUUUAUCUGAUACAUCAUUUCAGAAUUAUAAAAGAGAUACUAGAAAGGAAGUACUACAUACAGAUAACCUUAUUUCAAGCAGUCUUUCAGAAAGAAAGGAGUUGAAUCAAGUUAUUGACAAUGAUUCAGUCAAAUCAGUUUCGAGGGUUAUCUCUGAAUCCUCAGAUUCAAGAACUUUUGAAAAUAUCAGUGAUGAUAAUUUGGAAAGAAAAGGCAUUUCUCAGAAAGAAAGCUCUUCAUUUGCUUUAAAAAGUGAAAAGCAGUCGGUGGUUCUUUCACAACAUGGGGACUAUCCAGAAACUACGGUGUCAGUAACAUCUGACCAAUCUACAAACACUGCCCAAGUUUGGUCUCUGCAGUCCAAUGAAAACUUUGCUUUCGGUUCUACUGCAAGAGAAUUGGUUUCUUCUAAAAUAAAUGAAUUUAAAGGAAAUGCAGAACUAUUCACUCAAAGAGAAAAACCGGAUUUUUCUACGAUGGAAAUUACCAAAACUUCUCAAGCUAAAAUGAAAGUUAGAUCUAGCCAAGUUACUUCAUUUGUAACUAAAAGUCUUACAUCAAAGUCAGGUGAAAAUGUUGAUCCUUACGUUGAUUCUGAAUCCAAUAUAAUUAGCUCGGAUUUUAAAGGUUCUCUUUUGUCAUCUGAAAGCUCAUCUAAAGAGAUGAAAUCUGUCACUAGAUCUUUUCAGCAGAAACAUGUUGCAGUCUCUUCCAAUAUCAGUCAAGCAACAAAAAUACAAUCAGAAAACUUUUCAGUGUCUGAAUUCGAAAAUAAGGCGUUUUCUCCAGAGUCAGAUUUUGCUGUUGCUGAAAUUCCUAUUUCUGAAGAGAAUUCUGCUUCUCUUAGCGCCGCUUCUAGAGAACAAUAUGCGACAACAAAUGUUGAAAUGGAUGAAGAAAAGGGCGAAUCUGGAGUGUUUUCAACAAAGUCAUUUGAAGGGAAACGAAUUAUGAGCAAAGUUUCUUCAACGUCUAGACAGUUUGCAUCGACACAAUCAGUAGUAAAACAAAUGAAAUAUUCUUCUGUCCAGGCUGGAACUUUUAAAGAUCCUGAAGGAAAAGAAAUACUUGAAGAUAUUCCAUUCUAUGAUAGUAAAAAACAAGUUUCAUUGAAAACUGAAGGAGAGAGAUUUGAUUUGGCUUCAGCUUCAUUCACUUCAGAUUCUCAAAGCACGCAAGUUGAAUACAUUGGAGAAAAUAUCAGUGAAAUUCCUGAUUCAAAUACAUUGGAAGUGAGCAUUCCAGAAAAUUUUGAAAAUAAAGAAAUGUCUGCAAAAAGUUCAGUAUCUGUUUCUAAAACUACUGUUGUUACUAAAAGAUCUUAUGUUACUCAAAGUAGAAGAAUUGUUACAGUAAAACAAGGUACGAAAACAAUGCACUUUGUUGAUAAGGAAAGUAUACCUCAAGGUAUUGAUAAUAUUUAUUCUGAAGAUUCAGUAGAUGGUGCUACUAGGAUGAUGAUUGAACCAAAUAGAGCUGAAAUUGAUAACACAAAUGACAAAGAAGGAGUUGCAAUAUCAAAGGAUUCUAAAAGUGAGGAAUCGGCUGAUGAAUCCACUUCAGAUAUAAAGACAACUAAAAGUAAAAGAAAAAAGAAUAAGAAAACUAAAAAUCUGACUAGUCUUGAUGAUAAAUCUGCGUUGAAGGAAGAUACGGAAAUUUCAGUAAAACCAGAAGUAAUGACAAAAUCAGAACAGAUAUCUCCUGAUAUAUUAGAAAAGGAGUCUUCACUUGAUACUGAUAUUUAUCCGUCUGAAACCUCAUCAGAUGUGAAUUAUAAGAAAUAUACAAAAAGAUGUCAAGAUGCUGACAUGACAUCAGAAAUGCAAGAAAUUUCCAGAACAGCUUCAGAUGUGACAUCCAUCUCUAAAGAUGACACUUCUAUUGAAUCAGAUGACAUUAUUUCGGAAAUACAUGAAGAUAAUAAGAUUGCAGAUUCUGUCGUAACCAAGGAAAAAUUUCCUCAUGUUCAAAAAUCGGAUAAACAGAUAGUUCGUGAUGAAUUUGAAUCUCAACAUGUAAAUCAAGAAAGUGAUGAUGCAAUCUCUACUCAAGAAAAAGCUUUGCCUGAUGGUACAAAACAAAAAAGGAAGAAGAAAAAGAAAAACAAAGCAAUAAAUGAGAGAUCUGAUUUUGGAGAUGAAAGUGGUGCUGCGAUUGAUCCAAAAAUUGCAGACUCCACUGGUGAUGUUAAUAGGAGCCAAAAACUCUAUGGUGCAAUUCCCAAAUCAGGUGCAGGAAACAAAAUGGAUGAUAAACAGAUUAAAUCAGAUUUAAAACCUUCAUCUGAACCUGUUCCAGGUGUUUCCUUGCCUUCUGUCAGUUUAAAUGUAACUACAGAUCCUGAAUCUGAAACAAAGAAACUAGUUAUAGGCAUAGAUGCUGUUCCUAUAAAUGACAGAUCACCUUUAAUGUGCUUUAAAAAUGAACAAGUGUUGGCAGAAGUGAAUUCACCGGUGCAAAUAAUGUCUGAUACUACUUCCAAAAAACAGAAUAAAGACUAUCAUAAAGUAACAAAACUUGGAAAAACAUCCCAUUCUCAGAUAUUAAUGGAGAGUUUUCAAGAUGCAGAUCAAAUAAGGAAACCUAGCAGUGAACAUUUUAGUGUAGAUUCCACAUCUAAGGAAAUGACUGCAGAAACUAAAAUUUAUAAUGUUGAGAAAAAGGAAACACAAAUGUCUGCCAUAUUGAAUACAACCAUACAAAACAUACAACACCAGUACUCGAAAGAUGAUGAUAAAUCGGUAGUUAAACAUAAAAAUGAAAUAACUUCUGAGUUAAGUAAAAUUAGCCCCUCUUCUGUUGCAUUCCCAAAUAAAGAAAAAACCAAUGUACCUGAUGGCAAGGAAAUAGAUAUCUCGAAGGAUUCUAUUGUAAAUUAUAAUCAGAAAAUAAAACCAGUAUCGGUUUCUGCUGGAUCAGCAGUAGCUGGCGAUGAAACGAGUGACACAUUAUCAAGUCAAGAAAAUGCUAGUGUUGAUAUUUCUGAAGUUACAGACAGCAUUCAGUAUCAGAAGUUAGCUGGUGAUGAUUCUUCUGAAACUACAGAAAGAGCAGAAACUGCUGACUGCUUUUUUCAAAAAGAUGCUGCUGAAGAUAAUAUCCCAGGGACUGACAUGACAGAAAAUAAAGCGUCAAAGAGGAAACGAAACAAGAAAAAAGGUAAAAAGAAAGAAGUAAUGUGCGAAAGCAUUUCACCUGCUAAGUCACUGGAAUCUUCAGAGUGUUCAGUUGUUAUGCCUGAAAGUGGGAACAACACUAUAUUGGCCUCCGAAGAUAAAAGAAUUCUGGAAACCACAUGUCCCGCUGAAGAAAUUGCUGUUGAGGAUGUUAAGGAAGAGAUACCGAAGCCCAAAGCUUCAGCUAAGGAUAUUCACGUAACAAUAUCUAAAAAGAGCUCGGAAAAAGCAGCUUCUCAUGAGCCAAACUUUGAUAAUGCUGCAUCUUCAAAAACUGCUUCAGCUACUGAAUCAGUUCAAAUUGGCUAUUUUAUCAGUACAGAUAUCGAUAAGAAAAUAACAUCUGAUAAAUUGCAGGAUUUUGCUCCAAAAUCAUCAGACAACAAAGAUGCUUUUGUACAAGAGGAAAAAUAUGACCAAAUGCCAGAAAAGCAAAUAUCUGACGUACUUGAUGAUAAUACUACACCUGAUAAAGUAUUAUUGUCAGAGCAAAUGAUAAAUAUCGGUACUGAGAUAAGUUCUAAAAAAGGAAUCGAAGAUGUCAAAUUGAAAAAUAAAUUACAAUCAGAACAAGCUUCUGAAUCCCAGUUGUUUGGUAAAGAAAAGCAGAUGGCAGAGUCAAAAGAUCAAGCAACAGUUGCUAUUGUGGAUGGGCUUAACCAGAUUGUCAGUACUCAAGAGAAGCACGAAACUUUCCAUAAAGAAAUUAAAAAGAGCUCCGCAGAAGAUAAAAAAGAGGUUCCACUUGUGACAUCAGCAAUUACAGAAGAUGUUAAGUCAUCUGAAAAUACUGCUACCCAAAAAAUCCCUUUCCCAUCACAUUUGUCCAAUUCAGCUUUAGAGCAACAAACAUAUCUUUCUCUAGAAAAAUACGAUCCAUUAGAAAAAGAAAGCCCGAAUGCAAAUGUAAAAAUUUCACAGGCAACUGAGGAACCGGAACCACUUGGUGGACCAUUAAUUUCUAGAAAAGCAACGAAAAAAAGAAAUCAGAAAAAGAAAUUACCAGCUAAACAAAGCGAUAAUGAUGCUAAACUGGAUGAAGCUAUAUUGUUAGAUCAAAUAAAAAAUUUAGAUGCCGAAAUAAGCAGUUCUAAAAGAGAGAUUGGGGUGAUCGAAUUGAAAAAUAAGUUACAAUCAGAGCAAGAUUCUGAAUCUCACAUAGCAGUCUCUGAAAAUCAAGAAACUGUUACUAUCCUAGAUGGGCUGAAACAGAUUGUUAGUACUCCGGAAAAGCAGGAAGCUCCUUACCAUAAAGAAAGUAGAAUAAGUUCUGCAGAGGGUAAACAAGAGUUUCCACUUGUGGCAUCAGCAGUUACAGAAGAUGUUGAACCGUCUGCAGAUAUUGCUGUUCAACUAUCAACUCAAUCUAUUUCAGCUUUAGAGCAACAAACGGAACAUUCUCUAGAAGAAUACGCUCCAUCACAAAAAGAAAUAUUGCGUAAUGCAAAUGUAAAAAUUUCAAAUACAGCUGAAGAAAUAAAACCACUUGAACCAUUUAGUUCUGAAAAAGCAAAGAAGAAGAAAAAGCAGAAAAAGAAAUUAUCCUCUAAAUCAGAUGAUGGUGAUACUAAACUUGAUAAAACUUUAAAAUUAGAUCAGAUGGGAAAUUUAAAAACCGAACUAAGCAGUUCUGAAAAAGAGAUUGAAAUGGUCGAAUCGAAAAAUAAGUUACAAUCAGGUCAAGAUUCUGAAUCUCAGUUGUCUAUUGAAUCAGAUGAUAAAGAAAAACAUUUGACAUUGACAGAAAAUCACGAAGUAACUACUAUCGUACAAAUUGCCAGCACUCCAGAAAAGCAGGAACACUCGGAAGAUCCUUACCAUAAAGAAAUUAAAAUAAGCUCCGAAGAAGGUAAGAAAGAGAUUCCACUUGUGACAUCAACAAUUACAAAAAGUGUUGAAUCAUUUGAAGAUACUGCUGAUCAAAAACAGGCUUUCCUAUCAUCUCUGUCCAAUCUAGCGUUAGAGCAACAAACAGAACAUUCUCUAGAAGAAUAUGCUCCAUCAGAAAAACAAAACUUGCCUAGUGAGAAUGGAGAUAUAAAAAUUUCACAUGUAGCUGAAGAACCGGAACCACUUGCAUCAUUUAGUUCGGAAAAGACAACGAAGAAAAGAAAGCAGACAAAGAAGCUUUCGACGAAACAAAGUGACAAUGAUACUAAACCUGAUAAAACUGUAAUAUUCGAUGAAAUGAAAAAUUUAGAAGUUUCCAGUGUCUCCUUAUCUGCUAAGAAUGUUUAUGAAGAAAAAGAGAAUUCUUGUGACGACAAAGAUUCAAAUAAAACUAUAGAAGAAUUGAAAUUUAUUGAUAAUACUACAAAGAUGAAUGAACAAACAGAAUAUAGAGAUUUUCACCCAGAGACUGAAAUCAAAAUCACAGAAAAGAAAGAGUUGAUAUCGCCGUUAACUACAACUUCUAAAGAAAUACCAGAAGAUAUUGCAGAGAAAAAUGUUUUUGUACCAUCAUCUCAAAUCAAUCUGAAUCUGAAUCAACAAGCUAAACAUAUUCAAGCUGAAGAUAUGCCAUCAGAAAGUGAUUCAUCAAAAAGCAUUUCUAACAAAAUAGAUGGAACAGAUAUUCAGUUUGAAACCGAAAAACAUGAAUUUCUUCAAUCGGAAAGUAUUAAAAAGCCAAAUAAGAAAAAGAAACAUAAAAAAAAAUUACGCCCGGAACUAAAUUCUGAAAAUCGUAUGCCUGUUACGAAAAAUGACGAAAAAUUGUUGCGAGUGACACAUGAUCAGAAAACAGUUGAUACAAUAAAAGAGCCAAAAUUGACUGAAAUUAUUCCAGAAAUAGAGAAGCAAACAGAACUUGUGAAUUAUCAAAAAGAGACUGAAAUUAGUUUUGUGGAACAUAAAGAACAGAUUCCAGUUGUAUCACCCGCAAGCGCAGAGCAUGCCGUUACAUCUGAGGAUGUUUCAGUUCAAAAAAUUGUGUCUAUUACGAGUCCACAUUUAGAACAACAAACAGAACGCUCAGUAGUAGAAGGUAUCGAACCUGAAAGUGAAAAUACAGAUGUGAUUAAAAUACCAUCUGCAGUAGAAAAGCAGAAAAUACUUCAAGUAAAUACAGAUCUGCCGUUGUCUUCUGAGAUUGAUGAUAAAGAACAAGCAGUUUUGACUGAUGAUGAUCAACAGCAAGUUAAUAUCACAGAAGGGCUAAAACCGAUUGGAACUAUAACAGAAAUAAAAGGUCAAACUCAAGAAUACCAACAAAGAACUAAAUUUAAUACUGUGGCUGACAAAGAAUACAUUCCAGAAGUAACUACAACUGCCAAAGCAGAACUUGCAGCUGAAGCUGUUGGUACAAAAGAAAUCAUUUUGCCAGCGUCCUCUACACCAAAAGAGGGAUCAGGAAAUAUUUAUUUAGAGAGCGAAAAUAUGAAUGUGGCUGAAGUUUCAUCUCCAACUGAAACUAAUAAUAUUGAAAAAAUAUCAAAGAAAAGAAAACAGAAAAAGAAAUCGAAGAAAGAGCAGGUAAAUGGUUUUCAGUUAUCAAAGAAAGAAAAGGGAAUUUCAUUACAUGAAGAUCACCAUAUAGACAGUCUUACAGAUGGACUAAAAUUGUCCAAGAGCGAAACAAAAAUGAAAAAUCAAACAGAACAACAAGAGACUAAAAUUAAUACCGUGGAAGAUAAAGACCAGAUUACUCCAGUUGCUAUGACUGUCAAAGAGCUUGAAAAUGCGCCUAAAGAUGUUUCAAAUCAAAGAAUAUUUUUGCCUGCGUCUCAGAAACUAAGCCCGGAUUUUGAACAAAAAGUGAAAGAUACUCUCUCAUUAAAAAAUAUUUCACCAGAUAAAGUCUAUAAAGAUACAGAAAAGAUACAUAUUUCAUCUUCUUCUGUAAAAGAAAAACAGAAACCGCUUAAACCAACUAAGAGUGAUAAGAAGGAAAAGAAGUUACAGACUGAGAAAGUUUGUGAUGUACAGUUAUCUUCUACGGUUGAUGACGAAGAUAAAGAGGUUUUAUUUUCGCAAGAUCAGAAAAUAAACAACUUAACAGAAGAGUUUGAAGUGGCUAGCAGUUCUACAGAAAGAAAAGAAACAAAAACUCUAGAGUAUCAUGAGGAUGCUGAAAAAUCUGUCUUAGAAGACAAAAUUCCAUUAGAAACUGCUUAUUCCAAAGAAUCUGCAGAAGCAUUUGAAGAUAAUACAUUACAGAAAGCCCCUGAAAUCACUUCAGACAUGGAUUAUCAACAAAAUCGCAUUCAGACGGAAGAGGUACAAUUAGAAAGCGCAUCUAAUGCUCUUAAUUUUUCAUCUUCAAUUGAAAAGCAAGAUAUACCUAAAUCAAAUAAGAAAAGGAAGCACAAAAAGAAACUUAAACGAGAACAAUUUUAUCCCCAGUCAUCCUCUAAUACUGAGGAAAAAAGAAAUGAAGUUUCGUCUUUCGAAAAUCAAGAAGUAACUAAUUCCACAAUUGAACCCGAUUUGAAUGGCCAUGUUAUACAAUCAAAAAAAAUAUUAGAGAAUGCAGGACAUCAGGAACCUAAAAUUAGCUCUACUGAAGAAGGAGAGAUUUUUUCAAUGUCUACAAAGUCUGAAGAAUUUGCAGAUGAUACUGAAUUUGUAUUGUCUCAAAUCAAGCCAAACUUGAAAGAAGAAAUAAAUAUUCAACAGCAGCAAUCAUUUGAACCAACCAAUACUGAGGAACCAACUAAGAAAAGAGAGCAGAAAAAGACAUUGCAAUCUGAAAAGGCUGUUCUUGGAGACCUUUCUGUUAUUAUAGAUGACAAAGAAAGCGAGGGUUUGCACGAAGAACAGAUCAAGGCAAGUGCGAUAGAAGCACUGAAAUUAUCUGAAAAUAUCCGAGAUACAAAAGGACAGGAUGGGUUUGUUGAAUAUCAUCAAGAUACUGAAAUCUGUACUGUAUUAGACAAAGAGCAGAGUCCAACAGUUGUAGCAACUACCAAGAAAUGUCUGGAAACACUUGAAAACUUUUCUGUACCAAACAUUUCUUUCAUAUCAUCACAGGCCACUUCAAAUCUGGAACAACAAAAACCACAAAUUAAAUCUUUGGAGGGAAAUUAUAUUCUUAAUGAAAACAGUAGUGUGAAAAGUAUUCCAACUGUAACUGAAGAGCCCAAAUCAAUGGAACUAAAUAUUAUUGAUGAAUCAACUAAGACGGAGAAGCAGUUAAAGGAAUUAUUGUCAGAACAAGUGCUUGAUCCACAAUUGCCUACUAAGAAAGGUAGUGGCGAGAAACCGAUUUUCUUGUCUGAUGACGUCGAUGCAACUAGUUUUUCAGAACCUCUGAUUCCCACUGCAGCAGAUAAAAUGAAUGAAAAAAUUGAAUAUUUAAAACCCUAUGAUGAGAGUAAAACAAAUUUUGUUGAAGACAAAGAGCAAACUCCAACAAUAACAACCAUUGAAACGAAAUUAACUGAAACUUCUGCAGAUUCUGCUGUACUAAGUUUGCCUUUGUUAUCAUCAGAAACAAGUCUUGACUUUCAGCAGCAAAAGAAACAAAAUACACCAUCAGAUGGUUGCUUGGAUUUUGAUUCUUCAAUAAUAAAAAAUAUUUCAUCUGUUGAUGAGAAGCAAAUUUUAUUAGAGAAAACUGUUGAUGUUAAAAAAUCUCCCUCAAAUGAAGAUCAAGAAUUCCCUUUUGAGCAGACCUUGGAUAAUGGAUCAUUUGAUAAAAUAUCACGGGAAGAUCCAAAUGUUGCAUUAACUGAAGUUCGAAGAGUAACUCAUAUUACAGAUAAGAUGAAAAUGCCUGGAACAAAUACAAAAGUAGAAAAUCAAUCAGAAUAUUCGGCAGAAAAGAGUGAAAUUACUUUUGUGGAAAUCAAAGAACACAUUCAAGAAGUAGAGACAACUGUUUCAGAUACCAAUACGUCAGAAACUAUUACGAAAAAUAUCAUUUCACUGUCAGAGAUUGACUCUUCUAUAGAGGACCAAACAAAAUGUAAUAUAGAAGAAAAUGUUCCAUCCGAAAGUGUUUCAGAUGAAUACACUACUGCGUAUAGAAAAAAUGAUCCAAUAUCAUAUAAUAUAACUGCCACCGAAAAACAAAAAUUUCGUGAACCGAGCAAUAUUGAAAAGCCAAUUAAGAAAGGAAAAUUACAACCUGAACAAGUUUUUGAAAGAGAAUCAAAUGAUGAAGGUGAUGACUCAAAGAUCUCAACCUCAAGUGCAAAAGGUACUGUUUUUGCUACAGAAGAAUUAAGAACAACAAGUGUUACUGCAGAAAUGAAGGAACUGCCUGAAUAUUUAAGGCAACAGCAGCAAGAGAUUGAUAUUGAUUUUGCAACUGGUCAAGAGCUGUUGCCAGUAACAACGUCAUGCUUCGAAGAAAAGGGAGCAGCAAAAGCAAUUCCAGUCUCUGAGGGUGUUAGUUCUCCUCUAUCUCAAUUCCAAAAAGUUUUUAAACAAGAUGUUUUAUCUGAUGAAUUGUCUACAGAUAUAAUCGUAACUUCAAAAGAUGCAGAUAUAAAAGAAGUAACUUUGCCUUGUAAAAUUGAAAAUUCUUAUGAUGAUGAUGGAAAUGGGGAGAAUUUAGCUCUAGAAAAGGAUUCUAAAUUAGAUUCGCGUGAUCAAUCAAAUGGGAACACAGAAAUCAUGGAAAUUGUAGCUAAGAAAUUGCCAAAUAUAUCAUUAAUAGAAGAGAAUGUUAGUGAAAAAAUUGUAUUCGAACGCGACUUUGAUUCCAAAGAAUCGCAAAUAACUACUAUAUCAACAAGUGAAUUUGUCAUUUCUUCAGACAUUAAUUUCUCUGGUUCUGAAAAGAUAUCUGAUGACACUUCUGUUUUUGAGCAGAAUCCAAGUGAAAGCGAGUUCAGCCCACUACUGAAAAAAUUGGCAAAAUCUGAAAAAGUAAAACAAGAGCCAUUGAAAAAGAAGCGGCCUAGAAAACAAGAUAUAGAUAGAAUAGAGAUUUCAGACAAAAAUUCAACAUUUAAAGAAACUGCUUCUUUAUCUGGUCUUGGAGUUCAUGGGUCUGAGGAAAUUGAUAAUGGACUGGAACAACGUCUUUUGUUAAGUGAAUCCAAUAAACAUUUUAAAGAAUCUGAAGAUGGUAGAAAAAUAUCGGAAAGAUAUGAGAAAGAAAUCGAAGAAGCCGAUGGACCCUCGAAUUUAGUCUGUAAACUUUCACCUGCUGACCUGGUUACAGUUUCUCCAACUGAAAAGUCUCUGCCUUCAUCUGAAAAGCAAACUGUUUCAGAACAGAAAAUGCAGCUUGCUGAAACAGCACAAGAUGCAUCUUUUGUCAAUAGAAUGGAAGGUAAUGUAAGUUCUGUUAUAUCUAAGGAGGAUAGUUAUUUACUAAAUACUGUUAUAUCAAGUGAGUCACACCUGGAAUCCAGUGAUAAGUUAGACAAGAAUACAGAUAAGCAAAAACAACUUGAAUCAGAUUUAAUGAGCAGUGAUUUUGAAUUUAAAAAGUCAAGAUCUUUAGAAAAACAUACAAUAGUCGUAUCUUCUAUAUCAGGAAAAAUAUCUGAAGAAAAAAGACAAACACAUGAUACAACUUCUGAAAAACAACUUAGCAGCACAGACUCAACUGAUGAUAUGAAAGACGAAUUGAUAGAAAUUCGUUCUGAAGACGCUCGUUAUAUCUCUGAUUCAGAAAUUCCGUAUUCCGACAAGGGAUCUGAUGAAUACAAAGAUUCUGAACGUAGUUUAUCGAUAAGUGCACAUGUUUCAUCAAUAGAAGAAUCUACACAAUCUGCUCUGCAAGAAGACAGUUUUCUUUCCGAUAAUAAAAGCAUGAAAGAAGAAGCAACCCAAAUGAGAACUGAUGAUUCUGUGCUAGUACAGCAGAGCGAAUUAUCACCUGGUGAUCACAUCGGUCUUGGCACAAUAUCAACUUCAGUGACUAAAAGGAACAAGCUUGAUGAAGACGCAUCCCAUUCUCUUGAAGCUAAAGAACCAGACUAUUCAUCGAUGACAAAUUACAGUUUUGAUAGGCAGGCUGUAGCAAAGGAAAAUGCUCCAGGAAUUUUGACUGAGGAUAUUGAAAUUAUUGAGGAUCAUAGUGGUACACAUGAGCAUGCAUCUCUUUUAAUCACUGAGGAAAAAUUAGUCCCACAAUUGCACGAGAGAAAGACUGUAACGGAUUCAGCAGCUGAAAUUUUGAAAACAGAGAAUCAAGAAUUGAUGAAUUUGUUGAAUCAGAAAAUUGGAGAAGAAGUUGCACUUUCUGAACAUGGUUCCUUGUCUCCUUCUAAGACAUUGAUUGCGCUGGGAAAUCUUUUACUGGAUCUUCAAAAUGUGAAUAUUUUGUCUACUGAAACUGUUGAAUCUUCAGAUUUAUUUUUCGAUCCAUCUGAAGAAGAACUGGAGCUUUUAAUGUGGAUGGGCAAAGAAAGGCACUACCCUGCACAAUAUGAUAUAUUAAAUGUUAGAGAAUCAGAGAUUCAGGGUAUUUGCACCCCAUCUUUAUCAACCACCUUCUCCCAUUUUGAUGAAUCUCAAAAACAUUUUUAUAUGCAGAAAGUAGCAUCAAAAGUUGGAGAAUUGCAACAGCUUACUCAGGAUGCUAGAAAUACUGGAAGUGUGACUAAAAUCAUCUAUCAUUAUGUGCUAAUGAUAGAAUAUAUACAUCACUGGAUUGAAUUUUUAGAGACAUGGAUUCUCCGUAUUUCUCAAUUACCUGCUGAGCAGCAUCAAGCAGAAUGCAAGUUGAUUGAAGAACAACUCACUAGUUUGCAACAGUAUUUUAUUACCAUUACAAAUUAUAAUCAGGAAAUUUCUGAGAUGUUUCCUGUUGAUAUAAGAAAUAAGAUAACUGAAAAAUUUACACAACUUCAAACUCAGAUGGAUUCCACUACGAAAUUUGCAGCUACAUCGUUUACUCAAGUUUCUGGAUGGAUUACAAAAAGUGGAAAAAUUAAGGAGGAACUCAAAAUCUUAAAUGAUACUCUCCUGUCUCAAGAGAAAGAAUUAAAUGCCUUACAACAUGAAAAAAAUUAUAAUGUGUCUGAUAUCGAAUCACUGAACUUGCAAAUACUUGAAAACUGCUGUAAAUGUGAGUUAUUGUGUUUGAACCAGCAAAGAUUUUCUCUAAAUUGGAUUGGUUAUCAAGUGGAAGAUCAUAAACAGUUUCUUAAAUGGUAUAGAAUUUUGAAGUUAAAGGUAUUUAGAGCCUCUGAGAAUGCUAAAAGCAUGCAAAAUAGUACAGAAAUGUAUCAGCUUUCAUAUGAGUUACUAAACCAGUUUUUGAAUUUAUUAGAAAAUGUUCUUUCAUCUAAACUUUAUAUAGAAGAUCUCGACGAUUCAAGAAAGAAAAAUCAAUUCUUGAUUAAUCUGAUGCAAUCUUUGAUGGCAAUUUUGUGGACUGUCAAAGAGAAUUACCAUACAUCAUCCAACUUAGCUAAUACCUCUGAAGCAGAUGAAAAAUACCAAAGUAUAGUUGCCAAAGCAGCUGAUAUUAUGAAGAAAGGCCAAAAGAAGCUUGAAGAUUGGAAUUUAUGGGAACUUCAACUAAUUAAAUUGGAAGAAUUGAUUGAAAAUAGCUCUUGCUGGUUGAAAGAAAAAAAUCAGAUAUUCAGCAAGGAGACUUCUAAUAACAAAAAUCUCCAGCAUUCUUAUAAUACUUUAAAAGAUCUCCAGUGGAAUAUCUCAGCUUUCAAGAAUGAUAUUGAUCUUAUCAAAAAACUAAAAGCAACAGUGUCUUCACAUAUUGAAAUUCCAAGUUUGGAGAAAUCUUCUACUGAAGUCAUUGACCAAUUUAAGGAAUUGCAACACAAUAUUGAUUCAGAAUUGAGUAAGGUGAUAUUUUCUAAAGAAUGGGAAAGUAUCAAAAAUGAGAUAAAUGAUCUUCAACAAUGCUUGUCCUCAACAAAUAAACAAAUCGUUCGAAUGCAAAAGAAAAUUAAACAUAUGGGUAGUGAUGACAGUGUUUUGAAAUUUCUUCAGGAUAUGUCAAAAAUAGAAACAGAAAUUCUGUAUCGAGAAAAUAUCUGUAUUUGGAUCAGAGAUAAUGAUAGUCUCCAAGAAUAUUCCAAAGAAGAAUUUAAAAAUUUAGAAAAUGCUGUUUCUCAGUGGAAUCAGAUUAUUGAGUCUUGCCUGAGUCUGAAAAAAAUUGCAUUGCAGAAAAUUGCUCAUUCAGAGAAGACCAGAAUUGAAGAAAAAAUGGAAUUUUGGGUUAAAGAUGUGGAGGACAAUUUCAAUAAUAUAUCGUCAAACUGUAUGAUGAAUCCUAAAGAAAUGAAAAAUAUAAAACACAAAUUAAUUAGCUUCCUGAAAAUUUUGGAUAUUGUCAUUGAUUAUCUCAGCACAGACAAGCAAGAAGAUCAGACAGAGAUGGUAACUGAUAAAGGCCAAUCAUUUGAUAAAAAUAAAGUUGAACUCCUGAAAAUGAAACUAAAAUUUGAAUUGGAAAAAUACGAGACUCUCAUUCUACAAUUUGAGGAAUAUUCUAGACUUGCAUCAGAAAUGACUUACACUGUUGAUAAGAUUAGUGAUUAUCUGAAUGGAAUAAAAGACAAGAUGGGGCAGAUGGACCAUCGUGCAAUAACCAAAUCCAAGGAAGAACUCAAGGAAUUCCUAAAGUUAUUGGGUCCUAAAAUUUACCAAGACUUGGCCUGCUUCGAUCCAAAAAUUACUGAAAUUGCUGAAACUGAAAAUCUUCCAAAUCCUUUGGCAAAAAUUUCUAUUGUUGGAAGUUCAAUAUCUCCUGUCAUAAAUGAAUUGGAGGAAAACUUACAGUUGUGGGAUCGUUACCAAGAAGCUGAGACAUGUCUUAAAUCGUUCCUUUCCCAAAAGAAGCAUAUCUUGUUUAUUUGUUGCCACAAAAUUGUUAGCAUUGACCAUUUACAUGAUUCUAUCAAUACACUCCAAACUUUAUUGGAAGAUAUCAAAGCUAAUGAAGAACGACUGGAACGUUUCAAAGUCAUAGGAUCCGAAUUUGAAAUACAUCUAAAUGUAUUUAGUGAAGAUUCACGGUCUUAUAUUCAAAACAGAAUUGAAUCAUGUACUAAAGAAUGGAUAGAUUUCCAACAAACAACUGUAAAAUUGCUUGAAGAUCAAUCAUUUCUUCUGAAAGAAUGGAAUGAAUUGGAUUCAUCAUUCCAGACACUUUCAUCUUUCUUAUCAAGCUCUUGGUAUGAAGUGAUGUAUUCACAUCCCAGCAGAUCUGAUAGUUCCAAAGAAUUUGAGAAUGUAAUGGAAAGAUUAAACAAGAAUCGUACUCAAUUAGUGUCCCUUCAAGAAAUUGGGUUUAAGAUUCAAAGCAGUUCUUUAUUACAUCCUUCAGUUAAAGAAUGUACAAAAAAUAAACUACUCUUAUUGGAAUUGUCUCUCAAAUCUUUGGACAGUGCUACAAUGUAUGGUCAUCAAUCAUUGAAGAAUAACAUUCAGGAAGAAGACGAUGACAGAAAGAUUUUAGAGUCUGCUGCAUUGUUUGCUGGUUCUAUUGAAAAUGAGUUGAAAAUGGAUAUUCCAUCAUCCAAACAAGAACUUGAAGUUGCUUUAACAGCCACUGAGAUGUCCCUUUCUAAUGCUGCUUCUCACUAUUCUGCUGUUGAAUGCAUUCGAAGAAGACUUCUUUUUGAUGAUACUAUAAAUUUUGAAAUUGCCAUGAGUAUUGCAAGAACAUUCAUAAGCCUUCAACAAGCAACUUCCAGAUUGACUGCCUUCUACAUAAAUUUAAGGAAAGCUAAUUCCGAAAGCAAUUCUUUCAUAGAGAAUAUUAGUUGUAUUUUCAAAUUUCUCAAAUCCUUUAAACAAAUAUUUUCUGAGAUGCCUUCUGAUUACUUUGAGCUUCUAAAGUUCUUUAUAAAUUUUCAGUUAAUUGACAUCUACAUUCAUAGUUACCGACCAACUUUACAUUCUGUAGUUCAAGAAGGUUUAAAGAAAUGCAAAACUGGGGAUCCCUCUAAUUCAUUGGUUGAAUGCUUUAAAGAAAUGCAGAAUGAGUGGGACUGUCUUGAGAUCGUUUAUGAAACUAAAUUAAGUGAACUGAAGAAAGCCAUUUCUUUAUGGGAAACGUAUUUGCAUUGUAUUAAUGAUGUAAAAAUGUGGAUUCAUAAGACCAAAAAAGAAUUAAAACAGCAUCCAAGAAUACUGAAACCUAUUGAAAUAGAAGAACAAAUAUCACUUGUUCAAAAACUUAUCAAUGAAGAAGAAAUGUUUUCUUCCAUGACAGAAAAAGCAAAAGAAAUUGCUGAAGAACUUGGUGUAACUGUUAGUUCUAUUGCGAGAAAUAAUCUGUUAAAAGAAAUUUCAAAUCUACAAGAAACAAGUCAGCAACAAGCAGAUUUACUGAAAAAAGUUUUGAAGCAGCUAAAAGAGGCUCAUUUUAACUUCAAAGAGUUUGAAUGUGAAUUGGUUACGGUUAAGGACCGUUUGGCUACUGUAUUCUCUUUUGUGCAUAAAAUGAUUUCAAUGCCUACUGAAACACUGAAAGAUAAACUUCAAGAAACCCAGGUCGAGCUUCAAAAAGUAAAAGAUAUAAUUGUGAAACUAAAUGAACUUGAAAGCCAGCUCAGACAGUUGGAUGGCAGCAUAUUUUGUUGUGAUUAUUACCUACAAAUUACAACACAAAAAGAUAUUGCCGAAGCUCUAAGCUACUUAUUCGAACAGUAUGCUGCUAAGUAUAGCCUACUUUCAGAAGCAUCUGAGGAAAACCAAAAAUUCUUAGAAAUGUAUAAAACUCUUCUGAAAUGGAAUGAUUUAACUGAAACUAAAAUAAGUCGGAAUUAUCAGGAAUCACCGGAAAGUAUAGAAGAAAAGUUACAGUUGUAUAUAAAGAACGAGGCAGAAGAAAAUUCCAAACUCCUUCAGGAAAUAAUCAUAAUAGGACAAUCACUUGAAGAAAACAAAGAAAAAUCUGAAUUUAUAUCUAGUGCCAUCUCAUCCUGUUCUACAAACGUUUCAAGAACAUUAUCUUUAAUUGAUUCAAGAGAUCAAACAUUACAAAAUAUUUUGGCACAAAAGAAGAGGGCAAUUUUACUUCAAGAAAAAAUUGAUGAGUUUUUAACUAAUACAGAAAAUUUUCUGAAUGACCCAAUCCAGUUUACUGAUGUAUCUUUGAAAGAUGUCGAUGGCUUGAUCCAAGCUUUGGAGACUCAUCAAAAUGAAAUUCAACGUCAAAAUCAGAGUAUUGAAGCUUUAACAAAAGAUACUGAUGAAUUAGUUUCACAGCCAGAUGCAUUUUCUUACACAACCGACAGAUGUCUUUUCCAGCAUUCUACUCAAAAAAUAUUAAGUAAAUGGGCGUUAAUUAAAGCCAUAGCUUCAGAAAGAUACCUAUAUCUUACAAAUGUAAAGAUGUCUUGGAAAAAUAUUUUGACUUUAUUGAAUGGCCUUGAAGAAUGGUUAGAUUCAAGGGAGAAGAUUGCAUCUGAAAUCGAUUAUGUUGAAAAAGAUCACCCUAGAAGCGUAUAUUUGGAAGGAAUCAAAAUAUUUGAGAGCUUGAAACACAAUUUCCAAGAUGACAUUAAUCUUCUACAUAACGUCAAUGCUGUAUACCACAAAACUGCUAAAGAGGAGCUGGAUGUAAAUAAUUGCUUGAAAAAUAGAGUUUUGUUGCUAAAUGAUCGAUGGCGUGUUCUUUAUCAAAAAGUCUGUGAUAUACUUACUGUUCUCAAUAACAUCCUACAGUUGUGGGCUGAUUAUGACCAACUUCAUGAACAUCUGCAUCUCUUUUUAACUGAAACUCAUAUAAAGAUAACUGAAUUGGAACAUAACAACACUUUUAGUCAGUCUGAGUGUGACUCUAUCAUGAAUGAUUUUGUACAUCAUGAAAAUGCUCUGGAAAGAUACAAAGCUCUAGCAAAUAACCUUAAGCAAAAAAGUCAGUGUUCUGCAGCAGAAAUAAACCAUCAAAUGGAAGAGAUUGAAAAAUAUUGGGCUGAAGUGUAUGGAUGUCUACAGAAUUACAGAGAUUCAGUUUCAAAGAACAUUAAAGCAAAGAAAAGCGAAGAUUUAUUCCAACAAACAGCUAGUUCAUCAUUUACUGCCGAUGAUGAUGGCAUUUCCAGCAGUGCAGACAAUUUCGAAACGGAUUCCAUUCUGGCUACUUCAAGCAAAGAUUCUGAUGAAGUAACAUCAUCAUCUUAUCAGAAAAAUUUAACUGAAGGCAAAAAAAUAACUACUACAAGAAAAGCAAGUGAAGCUGGACAUGAUGAAGCUGAAUUUAUUAAAGAUUUAUUAGCAGCCCUUGAAGAAGCUGAAGACCGUAUAGAUUCUCUUGAAACCGUACUCUCUGAACCAACACCUUGUGGAACCAAUGAUAGCACUGCUCCUAAUUAUGCUCGCCUCUUAGCUGCUUGUAGAUCAAGCAUUGACGUUAUUCAACAUUUGAAUCAGCUGUUUUCUGAAAGACCAUCUGAUAAAAGUUCCAAAUUCAGUGAAAUAGAUAUACAACAUCGAACUGAAGAUAUGCUGAAUCGUUGGGAAAAAAUUGAAGCUGCCACUCUCAACAAAGAAUUCCGAGCACUUGAAAAUGCCAAAAAAUGGAAACAAUUCUCUAAUGAACUUCAAGAGAUUGAAAAAUGGUUACUUGAUACUUUGGAUUCUCAGACAUCACAAUCCAUUGCUGAUGCUGAUUUUGAAAAGUUCAUUGUCUUUUUACAAAGACAUGAGGAAUUGAUUUCACAAAUUAGUAAGCAAAAGAAAACUAUUAUUGCUCUGAAUGUGACUGGGCAAAAAUUUAUAUCAUCAUCUGCAUCAAAAGACAAUCUAGCAGCUGUAGACGAAAAAUUGAAGGCUGUAAAUAAUCACUGGGAAAAACUUUGUUCUGUUGCUCUUGAAUGGCAAAAUAGACUGCAAACUGAAUUUCUUCAAAGUUCUGAAUUUUGUAGCACAAUAUCUGAAAUGGAACUUUGGCUUGAAGAUUCUAAAGAAAAAAUUCAGUCUGUGGAUUUGAGUGAUGAAUGUACAACUCCAUUCCUGCAUAAACAACAUACUGAAAUUUAUGCCCUAAAGCAACAGUUAGAAAAUUGUUCUCAGAGAAUCGAGACAUUACUUAACAUAUCUGGACACCUUUUCCAAGAUAAAGAGCUUUCAAUUUCAAAUGAAGGAAUUAUUGAAAUGCAGUCAAGGUUGCAUUCAAUAUUGACCCUUUCGCAGUGUCUGUUGCUAGAAUGCACCAAUAUAUUAACAUCACUUUCAGCAUUAUUAACAAGCCGCAUGGCUUUAGAAGAGAGGCCUUGUUAUUUAACCAGUACUUAUUCAAAUGAGGAUGAAAAUCCAAACCGAAUAAGCAGAUGUUGUGGUUUUCUGCUUAGAGUUGCCAGAGCUUCACUUCCAAUCCAAGCUAUUUUGUUGUUACUCCUUGGGGCAGCAAUUUUAUUACCAAAAGAAGAUGAAGAACUUAGUUGUCGUCUCUCCAAUAACUUUGCCAGUUCUUUAAAUCCCAUGUUACAUUAUCCUGAUGGCCCACCUCCAGUGUAAAAAAAAAGUAUAGCAUUUUUUUUUUUGGCAUUAAUUGUUUUUUUGAUGCCUUAAGUGUUCUUUUCAUCAUGCUAUUCAUAUAUGUACAUUCUUCCAUCAACCUGUAGAAUUUUGUAGAUCGAAGUUAACUUCAACGUUGCAUAUUUUAAUAUCAUGAGCUUUGUACUGAAUUAAAGAUCUGGCCAUAUUGUCUAGGAUUGCUGCUACUUAACCCACGAUAUUUUUCUGCAUAAUUGUUUUCAUGUUGAGUUUUUGUUUCAAACUUCAAUUCAAAAAUGUUUUUAUCAAUAUUUCUCGAAGCAAUAUAAAUGUUCAAUAUUGUAAGUUGUUGAAAAAUUCUGUAUGUUUUUUUAUUAUUAUUAAUACUGGAGACAAAGUUCUUGUCUUUUCUGUUUUUGCCUCCCAUUUUCAUGGCAGGUACAUGAGAAUUAAAAAUUUUCAAAGUAUUGAUAAAAAAAAAUUCUAGUAUCUUUAUAAAUACCUUUUUGUUAUAUUGUGUAGAAUACUAUGUUGAGAUUUGUCCAUUUUUAAAUGUUGGUUGUGAUAUCUUUGUUAUGUCUUUCAAAUCAUGUAUCAUUUAUGUUAUAAAAUGGAUUUGAAAUUUUAUGUGCAUCAAUGUAUGUAGGUUCAAUUUUUAAAUGUUUUAUGAUUGCCGGUGCUUUAUAUUUGCAAUCUUGCUUUAAGUAUAAUUUCGGUUAUAUUAUGGAACUCUGAAAAAAAAUACCACGGUGUCUUGAGAAGUGCCUGCAUAAAUUACAUCCUAACUGUGUGCCAUUUAUAAGCUUUCAUGUGAUGAAUGUAAUUAAAUACAUGUCCAUAAAAGUCAUUCUUAGGAUACUAAAUGUGCAUUUAUAAAAUUAUUAGUUGUUUCUAUUGAAAAAUUAAAUAUUCCUCUAAUAAAACAAAAUAAAUUAUGAAAUUUUGAAAA